GAGUAAUUACUAUAUAAAGACUAUAAACAGUACAUCUGAAGUAGAUCGUACCGAUGGUUAUGUAGAUACAAUAGGCUGUGAUACACAAAACAAUGCUGAUCAUUAUGGAAAAGUGGUUGUUCAAGACUAUGUAGACAAGAUAUACAUCCAUUUGCAAGCUACCUCUACCUAUGCAGGCCUAGCUGAAUUUGAGAUUUAUCUAAGUGAGAAUCCUAGUUCAAAUCAACAGGAUGUUUAUUCAAACUCACCUGGAGCUGGCUAUAUUAUUCACAGUCAAGACCAGAAAUCUGUGUAUGAAUUUGAAAAGUUGACAAUUAAAGGUGGUGGCUCUCUUGAGAUGUCUGAUGACAAUGCAGCAUUGUUUGUACAUGAUGUCAGUGGUGACAACACAGGCAGAGUGACUGUUAGACCGAGUCAAAGCUUUAAAACUGACCUAGAUAGAGCUUUGAUGGAAUUCAGUGUGCUUACACAGAGAAAUUCAGAACUCCAACUUCCGCCAUCUAUAGAUUGUAGACAUAUAGAUCUGUACAUCAAAGGACAUUUUGAAAUGAUGGACAACGUGACUGUUAAUGCUAACUGUAGCCUAACAAUCGACCACUAUCAGCCCACAACUAAUACCAUUGAUCACCUUGAUAUAAAAACAUUUGGAAAAGUGAAUGUGGUGACAGACAGUGAGGCUUUAACAACAUUAAAGGGGACCACUCUUACUGUCAGGAGUGGAUCUAAGCUAUUCUCCAAUGAUCUGAAAUUAACCUACACCAAUAUUACAAUAGAACCAUAUGGAGAGCUGACAGUAGAUGAGGGUGUACCAGAGUUUGAAAGGGAAAUAGGAAUUGGUAAAGGCUCCUCCAGCACAACAGGAAGUUCAGGUGGUGGCCAUGGUGGUAAUGGAGGUCAAGGUCAAGGCCAGAAUGUAGUUGGUGCAGGUCAUGGGUCAUAUCUACAACCAACAACCUUUGGAAAGGAUGGCGGACAUUCCAUGUUCCCUCACAUAGGUGGUAGGGGAGGUGGUAGACUGGAGGUAAAUGUCAGCCAUACUUUAACAAUGGAUGGAUUCCUCACUGCCAAAGGAGGUAACUGGAAGUCUUACCGCGCUGGUGGUGGAAGUGGAGGCAGUAUAUUCAUCUACACAUGGACUAUAGAUGGAGAUGGGACCAUUGACUCUUCAGGAGGAAAUGGCUAUGAUGGUAGUCAGUAUAAUGGAGGAGGAGGAGGGGGUGGUCGUGUGGCUCUCUACUAUGUGUAUGAUUUCUUUGUUGGCACAUUUAAGUCAGUUGGUGGGACAAGUGGUAGUGGUGGAGAAAAUGGAGGACCUGGUACUAUAUAUGUUCACAAAUUACCAAUAGAAAACCAAGACAUGGCAAAGUUUGUGUCCAACAGGACACUUUUUGUGGACAACCAUGGCAGAGCUCCUAGAAACCCUCUAAGAAACCUGACAGAAGUGUACAAUAACUUCACACUAGGUGGUGGUGUAGCCUGGAUCAUUCCAGUGAAUUACCCAGACUUUGUUAUCGAGACCAAGAAUGACACACAAAUUGUUCUGGAAGAACUUCAAAUCUAUCGUCAGGCCCAGCUUGCUUUGCUGAAACCGUCUGACACAAAGUCUAGGAUAGAUCUACUUAUAGAGGCUAUAGAUGGAGACAGGACAGGUCAUGUCCACAUAGGAUACAACCAAUCCUUAUAUAUUGGUACUGGAAAACUACCCAAUGAUUUGUCAGUUUAUCAUGGAGGUGAAGUAACUCUACAAGGUGAACUUAGAGUGGCAGGAGUUGAUGUCAUGAUAGAAGGAGUUAUGAAAAAUGUAGAAAACUUAACGGUUGUUGAUGAAGGUAUACUGAGAAUUAAUGAAAUGUGGGACACAUCUAACAAGAGAGUUGAUGAAAUCAUAUUUAAAGCAUUCAACAUCCGUAACCGUGGCUACAUGUACAUGGACAACAAUUUGGAAAAGCAUAUCCUGACUGGAGAGGAGGUCAGGGUUUAUCCUGGUGGAUUACUUAAUGCUAAAAACCUUCAGAUAAAUGCACACACAGUCACCAUAGAUGUCAUGGGUGAAGUAAGGGCAGAUGAUAAUGGAUACUGUGAAGGAGGAGCUGGACAAGGCACUGCCUAUACAGACACACCAGACGGAGUACAUACAUAUACCUACGGUACAGGUGCAAGCUAUGGUGGUGAAGGAGGUGCUGGUAAAUCUGACAGAUCAGCUCCCUAUGCUUAUGGAUCAUUUAAUCGUCCUGCUUUGUUUGGUAGCAGUGGGGGUCACUCAGGUGGUUGUGGUGGUGGAAUUAUCUAUCUCAAUCUGACAACAGAAGCUAAAGUGGAUGGAACACUAAGUUCUAAUGGACAGGCAAGGUCAAGUACACGGGGUGGUGGAUCAGGGGGUAGUAUCCUGGUCACCACACAAUUAUUUGAUGGCACUGGCUCUAUUGAGGUGACUGGAGGAGCAGGCUAUAAUGGUGGUGGAGGAGGUAGACUGUCUAUUAUAUACACAAAAAAUCACUACAUUGGUGAAUUAUUGUCACUUGGUGGUACUGCUACCUCCGGAGAGAUUGGAGCUGCUGGUACAGUAUACCUCAGGGAUAUUGGCACAUCACCAUCAGCAACUAAACUACAGAUAUAUAACCAGAAAGGAAAUGGGAAUCGUAAGACAAAGAUAACUAUCCCAGAUGACAAGGUUGAAGAACAUGAGUUAGACACAUUAGAUCUGGGAACCUAUGCUGAGGUUGGACUGAUGGCCACAGACAAUGAUGGAUACAGGACUGAUGGAGCCAGAAAGCUAACACUGACCACUGUGGCUGGUGACAACACUGCUGGUGUACAUGUAGAGGAAAACAUGUGGCUCAAUAUUGAUUUUAAUUCUUCAGCAGUUUUAUCAUUCGAUGUUACUUUAUAUGAGGAAGGAACAGUUAAUUUACCUUUUGACACAUACCUGAAGGAUUGCAGAAUAACUCUGUAUGGUGGACUGUUGAAAGGUGUUGAAACACUGAACAUAUCUUUGGAUGGUUCCUUCACCGUUUAUCCUCCUGUCAAACACAAUUCCACUAGUACAACAGAGGAGAGCUCAUUCUCAAUGAACAGUAUAACCAUACUUGAUGGGGGUCUGUUUGAGUACAAAGGUGAUGCUGCUAAUAAUAAUAAGCUGAAUAUCAUGUUGGAUGGCAGUCUUCAUAUUAGAGGCGGAGGAAUUUUCAAGGUCAACAACUUAAACUUGGAAGCUGUUAAUGUGACAAUAGACACAGAAGGAUUAAUAGAUGGGACAGGGCGGGGAUGGAGUCCAGGAAAAGGAACAGGGCCAGGUAUUGCAAGCUCUGAUGGUGGUUCUGGUGGCACUCAUGGUGGCUUAGGAGGACACGGAAAUGGGAACACUGCCACAGGUCAAUCCUAUAGUAAUGUACAAAGACCAUCAGACUAUGGAAGUGGAGGGUCUAUAGGAACUGGUACUUCCAGUGGAGGUGAAGGAGGAGGUAUAGUUUACCUUCAGGCCUUACACAACAUGGAGAUAGAUGGCGAUAUCAAGGUGGAUGGUAACACAGCAGAAACACCUACAUCAGGAGGAGGUUCUGGUGGCAGUGUGAUACUGGAGACUCAACACUUUACUGGUACAGGGACAAUAUCAGCUAAUGGAGGAGAUGGGGCUGUUGUAGCCCACUGUAGUAAACAUGAUAUAGAACGUCGAUGUCUAGAGUGUGACCCUAGGUAUUUCUGGGUAGGAUAUAACUGUGUAUCGUCUUGCCAGGCAUCCGAUAACCACUGCUGUUAUGUUGAUAAUGUCCAUCAUAGAUGCCAUGGUAGUAUUGGUUAUGAUUCCUUAAGCUGUUACAGAGGAUAUUGUAAAGGAGAAUCUAAUAUACAGACUAUAGCUGUAGGAGGAGGAGGUGGUGGGGGUAGAGUAGCUGUAUUUGUCAAUGCCACCAACACUUACAGAGGUACAUACAACACCUAUGGUGGGAGGAGUUAUGCAGAACAAGGUGGAUCUGGAACAGUCUUUGUAAAGGCUCCUGACUCAGACACAGGACUGACAGAGACUUCUCUUUAUAUAGACAAUAGAGACUAUAAACCUAAAUCAACUUAUGUUACUGAUAAAUCUACAGACACAGGAAAGACAUAUAUUGUAACUACUGCUGACGAUUCCACAGAUCCAAUCAAAUUUGACCAUGUACAUAUCAAUUCUGCAGCUCAUCUAGUAUUCCUUAACACCUCUUCUAACACACCUAAUGUUACCAUUGGCUAUCUUCAUGGUGACAAGACUGGAAUGCUACAUGUGACCAAAGAACAAACAAUGACUGUUAUGGACAAUGAUACUCCAUUUCCAUCUUCUUUCAGGAUUUAUGAGAGUGCAGAGUUCAAUAUGCCACAAGCUGUAUAUCUGAUUGGAUUAGAAUAUAAAACCAUUUACAUAGAUGGAGUCCUUACUGGAGCUAAUGAACUAGUUAUUGGUCAAGGUGUGAAUUUCCUCAUUGGAGAAAAGAGCCAUACCAUUGGACAGUCUGACAGACAAUUUAUAUUUGAUACCCUGGAGAUAAAAGCUGACGGUAAAGUGUCAUCAACAUAUGUUAAUGAACAUGAGUUGUCCCUAAGUCUCACACUCAACACUUUACUCAGAAUCCAUGCUGGAGGCAAAAUACAGGCUCCAUGGUUAGAAGUAACAGCCAAACAAGUACAGAUUGAUGUAGCAGGUGUGAUAGAUUCCAGUGGUCAAGCACCAACAGAUCUUGUAGAGCAGGAUGCUCAAGAUAAACCAGAUGGAGGUGGCUCUGGUGGUGGAAAUGGUGCAGCUGGUGGUCAAGGAAAAUUUCAGAAAUUUGUUGGUCCCCCUCCAAGCUAUGGUUCUAUGUACACACCCAAAGAGUAUGGUGGUAAUGGUGGGACAGGGGGUGGGGCCAGUACAUCAGCUGAUCUACAGUGUAGUCCACAUGGAUCUUACACUGGAGGUAGAGGUGGUGGUGUAGUUGUAUUAGAUGUGACUGAAGAUUUACUAUUGGAUGGUGAAAUUCUAUGUAACGGUAAAUCUGGUUCUGGGGGACGUGCCGGAGGAGGAGCAGGAGGAAGUAUCUUUAUAACAACAGGUCACAUGACAGGAACUGGAACAUUGUCAGUCAUGGGAGGAGAUGCCACAGGAAGUACCACUUGUCUUGGGGGAGGUGGUGCAGGAGGAAGAAUAGCUGUCCAUUACACUAACUACACCUACUCCGGAACAAAAGAUGCUCAUGGUGGACGUGGAUAUGAAUGUGGAGGAGCAGGGACAGUUUUGUUUAAAGAUUUAUCUGAUAAUUCCAACUCGCUUCUGGUUGAUAACAAUCAUGUCUGUUCACCUCUCAAACCAAAUAUUAAUUUUAAUGAAUUGUCAGACAUAGGGAGGAAGGAAUACAGCUUCCACACUUGGGUAUUUGAUCAUUCUGAUUGUGAUCAAAACGUUGGCUGUUCUCACUCCUUCAAGGAAAUUACAAUCCAAGGCAAAGCACAUGUAGCUGUUCAUAGAAGAAAUAUCAACACACAUACACAAUACAUAACAAUCUAUAAAACCUCUGGAGAUAAGACAGGUACAUUCCAUGUUGGUCCACAUCAGGAACUGACAGCAGACCUACCAGAAGACAGCCCAGAAUUACAGUAUGGUCUAAUCAUAUACCCAGAUGGACAGAUGCAGACUGCCAGAGAUUUCGUAGUUAAUAAUAUCACAGUGGAGUUGGAAGGUAUACUGACUGGAGUUGAAAAUCUCAGAAUUGGCCCAGGUGGACAUGUUAUUAUCAAACCAUAUGGAAAUGCUACAACAGGUGUUACUAAGGAGAUAACCUUUACAGAGGUCAUAGUUGAAGGAGGUGGUAUCUUAGAGAUAGACAGUGGCGGUGACGGGAUGAAACUUAUUGGCACAAAGAUACAUGUAGAAAGUGGUGGUAUUAUACAGUCAGACUUCCUUGAUCUUGUUGUGUCUGAACUGAUUGUUGAUGAUUCAGCUCAGAUACAUUCUAAUCAUAAGGCUUCAUCAUUUGGAGGUGGCACAGGAGUGGCAGAUGAUAAAGCAGGAGCAGGUCAUGGUGGCAUGGGUGGUAAAGGCACUGUUGCAGACUCUGGUGGCUAUUUUUACGGUGAUGUCAAAUCUCCAAGACAUUUUGGUAGCAAUGCCAAAUACGAUGUGGCUGAAGUUUAUGGAGGGGGUAUCAUAAACAUUGUUGCCAGUGCAUCAUCUAGUAUUGAUGGUAUAAUUAGCUGUAAUGGAGAGGAUGGUAAAUCUGGUAGUGGAGGAGCCAGUGGUGGAAGUAUCAAGUUACUGACUGGUGCCCUGUAUGGUAAAGGCAAACUUCAAGUUAAUGGGGGUCAAGGCAGCAGUGGUGCUGGUGGUGGGGCAGGAGGUCGUUUAGCUGUGUAUUACACAUCAUCCGAAUACACAGGUGAUUUCACUGCCUAUGGUGGACACUCUUCAUCAGGUUAUGGGGGAGCAGGCACAGUUUAUGAGUCUUCCAGUACAAAAACCAAACUGAUUAUAGAUAACAAAGAAGUUCACACUGUACAGGAACUGAUUGAUAAUAUGGAUGGAGACACCGUUUUAAGAAGUGAUGGAAGUAGAACUUGGAUAACAUUUGACAGCAGUAAUACUCUUGAAGUAAGUGAGCUCUAUCUUCGUAAAGGAGCUCACUUAGCCUUGGAACCCAGUUCUAGCACUUCUAAAAUACAUUCUUUAACAGCUCAGAGCUUCUAUGGUGAUGAUGAUUUUGUGACUGCAACAUCAAAUAUUGGUACUGUACAUGUUGGUGUGCAUCAGGUGAUCACCAUUAGACAAGUGUCCCUUUACUUCCCAGCACAUGCAAAAGUCUAUGCAGAUGGUACUUUGACAUUGCCAUCUACAGUCAAAAUGUAUGCUACAAACAACUUGGUCCAUGGAAAGUUAGGAGGACUUCAGGAUUUGACUAUGAUAAAGUCAACCCUAGAUGUGCGAGAAACUGGAAAAUCACACACCACUCCAUCAACAUUCCAGCUUACUAACUUGUACCUCCGUCAAGGAAGUAAAACAUUAAUGACAGAUGAUGUUCAGUAUAACCUUGCAGUAAACAAGCUAUUAAUAGGAGCAUCAUGUGAGAUAACAGCAGGGAGGCUAAUUGUGGAGGCUACCGAGUUUGAAUCAGAAGAAGGAGGAGUUAUAAACUUGAAUGCGAUGGGAAAUAUGGAUAGUGGAGAUGGUUAUGCAUCUAACAAUGCUGGUGCUGGCCACGGUGGUGAAGGAGGAGGCAUUGGUAAUGGUACUGGAGGAUCUGCAUAUGAUUCCUAUCUUAAACCCUCAUCCCCUGGCUCAGGUGGUGUCAGCACACAUGGAGGUGGUGUGUUACAUGUACAGGUCACAACAUUUACACAUAAAGGAGAUAUAACUGCAGAUGGCGAGAGUGCCAAUGUAACAAGUGGCGGUGCCUCCGGAGGAAGUGUAUGGGUGUCUACUUCAACAGCUCAAGUCACUGGUACAAUUAGUGUGAAUGGAGGAAAUGGUAUGUCAGGAGGAGGUGGAGGAGGAGGUCUGAUAGCCAUGGAAUACAUUAGUGGUAAUAUUAAUGGUAAUUUGAGAGCUUACGGAGGUAAUGGUGAAGGAAGUUUCCAAUCAGGAGCAGCUGGAGUUGUCUACCUUGCCAAGGAUAUUAAUUCUCUAGAACCUGACAGAAAGAUUAUAAUUAACAACAGGGAAAUAAUAACAGAUGCCAUCAGUAGAAUACCUGUACCCAUUACAGAGUUCUCUGUCACGCUAGAUAAAAUACAGAUUGAAACAAAAUCUACAGUUGCUUUUACAGAGAGAGGUAGUGUAGGUUUUGCUCUUAGUGCUACAGUAGGGGACAUAAUUGGAGAAACGUUUACAACUUUUACUGUGGACAAAUAUAAUGAAGUGUACCUAUCAACUAAGUAUCCCUCAGCUGUCAGUGAAUUGACAUUAAAGACAUCCAUACAUGUCUCUGAAUAUGGCAAACUUGAACUACCAGAGAACGUUGUCAUUGAUAAAGAUCACCUACUAGAAAUUUGUGGAACAUUGAUGCCAAAGACAAACAAUCUUUACAUCCGAGACAGUGGUACUGUGAAAGCUGGAAAUCCUGCUCGUACAGGUAACUCCUAUGUGGAUGACACAACCACAAGUGUAUUAACAUUUUCAGCAUUGAUUAUAGAUCAUAAUGGAAAAUUUGAACAUUCAGAUAAAUGUCUUAAAUCAAACCAGGCCACAACAUUAAUAACUCACAGUUAUAAUAAAUCUGGUGGAUACGCUAUUACUGAAAGUGGUUUUAACUUUCAGGCAUCUGAAACUUAUGAGAUAAGUCCAUUGUUAAAUGCCACAUGUGACAGUUCAACUGAUUUAUUGAUUUACCGAGAUACUCAGUGUGAGUUGGCAGCCAAGGCAUACUCUUAUGCUAGCAUUGUGAUUGAAGCUGGAGGAAAACUUAUCCUGUCUGGUGAUCCAAAUGGUAAAAACUUUACAAAGAUAACAGUCACCAAUCUGGAAAUCAAAUAUGGAGGAAUCAUAGAAGGAAUUGGCAAAGGCUACAGGGCUAAUGGGCCAGGAGCUGCAGGCAGCAGUAGUGCAGGAGCUAGUUACGGAGGAAGUGGAAAGAAUAAUCCAAACAAAAUUCAUGGGAACAUCAUAUCUCCUAAGGCAUAUGGAAGUAAUGGUUUUGGUGCAUCUUUGAGUUCUGGUUCAGGUGGAGGUCAAAUAGAGUUGGAUGUCACUAAUAAGUUCACAUUGAAUGGCGAGAUUAAUGUGAAUGGUCAGAAUUCAGCAACAUCUGGUGGCAGUGGUGGCAGUAUACUGGUUACAGCUAAGGAUAUGUCUGGAACAGGAACAUUGUCUGCUGUUGGUGGAGCUGGAGGAGGAGGAGGUGGAAGAAUCUCUGUUAAAGUCUCCGGGACAUAUAGUUACAAAGGAGACCUUACAGCAGCAGGAAAUGAUGCUUCACCAGGAACUGUGUAUGUUUCCAAGGUUGAAUCUGGAUCUCAAUAUACCAUGUUGAUUAUAGAUCAAUCAGGCACAACAGAAGUUGACAGUGUUCUGUCUCUACCAAGCUCUCUAAGUGAAGUCCAACUAACCAGUGAUGCCUCAUUAUCACUCAGAACAACUCUGACAAUCAAUAAACUCAUUUCUGAUGGAUCUGGCUCAGUUACUGUAGCCAAUAAUGCUCAGCUGACUAUAUCAGAGUUUGAUGAACUCAAUCAUGGCUGUCAGUGUAACUUUGACAUUGAAUCAGGUUCAACACUGAGAGUGAAUACUGAUUUUGAUCUAACAGGGUCUAAUCCUACUUUGAAUUUACAUGGAACACUUAUAGCACAGAACUUUAGAGUAUGGGACCAUGGUACUGUUACAAUAGAACCUACUGGUACCCUGCAAGUCACAUCAUUCAAGUUACAGGAAUAUACCACGAUGGAACUGAAAUCUGGAGCUACAUACAGUAAUGUUCAGUCUAUAAUGCUAGGCUAUAACUCCACUCUAAUUUUACAUGAUAAUCCAGUGAGUUUGACUUUAUCAACAUUCCAUAUGAAAGUCAAAUCAUCUUUAACUAUGAAAUCUGAUGAGAAAUCCUUUACCUUGGUGGCCACUGAUGUUACCAUUGAGGACAAUGCUGUGCUAUCUGUGUCUGCUAGCGGUUCCCUCACAGGUUCAGGGACAGGCAACACUGAGAAUGGGGCCAGUUAUGGUGGAGAGGGAGGUGGCAGUACAGACAAAACAUAUGGAUCAACUACCUCUCCAACAAACGCUGGAAGUGGCUGCACUACUGUCAGAGGAGGAGGAAUUAUUUCUAUAAAUGCUAAAACAAUAUCCAUUGAUGGUGUGGUAUCAGCUGAUGGUGGUUAUAGUGAAUCAACAGGAGGAGGAAGUGGUGGCAGCAUCAAGAUUACUGGAGACAGUCUGGAAGGUCAUGGUACCAUCUCUGUCAAUGGAGGUACCAGUAAAAAUAAAGGUGGUGGUGGAGGAGGUCGUAUGGCUUUAGAUGUCAAGGUCAUGACCUCUUUCUUUGGUGCUACGACAGCCUUUGGUGGAGCUGGAGAAACUAAACACGGAGCAGCUGGUUCUGUAUAUAAACAAUAUCAAUUGUCUGGCGGAGCCUCAAAAACAGAACUGUUGGUGGACAAUAACAAAUUAGUCACAGACUCCAGGACAGUUAUAAAUAGUAUCACUACAGUGUCAGAGCUUGAACUGGCUGGAAAUGCUAAAGUUGUCUUUGAUUCUAGUGGUUCAUCAAAUAUUGAGAUAGAGCUUAUUGAAGGAGAUUAUACAGGGUUGUUAACUGUGCAGACAUUACAAUAUUUUGUAGUAGCCACUAGCUAUGGUACCCAGUAUCCUUUUUCACUACCAUGUAAAAUGUUGAUAAAGAAUGGUGGCUUUGCCACACUGCCUGCCAAACUCUUGUUGCAAGAUGAAACUGAUGAUGAAGAACUGAAUUUAGACAUUCAAGGAAAUGUGAUUGCACUUCGGCACUUGAUAGUAGGUUUACAUGCUAAGGCAUACAUUAGUUACAAUGCUCACAGUGGCCUGACUACAACACAGUUAUCUGAUCUUGGAACAUUUUCUAUUACAAACCUUGAUGUCACCACAGAUGGAAAACUAGAAGUUGCACAAGAUUCAUCAAAUAGAUAUAAAUUAGAAAUCCUGAGUGAACUUAACAUCAAAUAUGGUGGUGAAAUGAGUGCCAGAAAUCUUUAUGUAGAUGUACCCACCAUGCAGGUAGCUUAUAAUGGCUUACUGAGUGUAGAUGGAGGUUACCAUGAAUCUGGAUCUGGUGUUGGACAGGAUGGUUCCGGAGCAAGUCAUGGAGGCUCAGGAGGAAGUUCAAGUUCUGAAGGAAAACCGCUGGUCACUUAUGUUGGAUAUGUGUUUACUGCAGAUGAAUUUGGAUCAGCUGGUGGAAAUAAAACUACAGGUGGCAUUGGUGGACUUGGUGGUGGCAUUGUCAAAUUGAAGGUCACUGACACACUGAUCUUGAGUGGAAUGAUCAGUUCCCAUGGAUACAAAGGUGAUAAUAGUGGAGGAGGAGGAAGUGGUGGUUCUGUUUCCAUAGAAACAGUAGACAUGUUAGGAUCUGGUUCAGUUUCAGUCAUUGGGGGAAAUUCUACAUCAGGCGGCGGUGGUGGUGGUGGAAGAGUCUACAUGUACUGUACUGGGGACUAUAAUUACACAGGGACAUACACACUGAAGGGAGGUAACUCGGAUACUGCACAGGCUGGUGGGGCUGGAACAGCAUUCCUUAAGUACACGUCUGGUAAUAUUUUGUACCGUAAAUUACUAUCUGAUAAUGCUGAAAUAACUGGAAGCAGCAUUGCUGCAACACAUAUUGACACACCUGGGACAACAUCAGUUGAAGUUGAUGAGAUGGAAGUCGGAGACAAGACUACAAUUAAAGUAACAACAGUUGGUCUUCACUUUACAGCAUCUGUAUUGGUUUGUGGAUCUGAAUCCUUCCUUGUUGUACAAGACAAUGUAAUAUUCAGUGCAGAUAUAGAGAGCUCCUAUAGUAAAUUGACUUGCAGUUUACAUAUAGAAGAACUAGGUGAAGCUAGACUGCCAAAAACUGUGGAAUUACUUGGAGCAGAUAACCAGUUUAAAGGAACACUCACCAAUAUCCAGACCCUGAUAGUAUCUUCAGGUCAAGAAGCCACAUUUUCUAAAAUUACCAGAACUGCUACAUACAAAGAUGGAGUAUUGACAGCUCAGGAAGUCGGAGCCUACAGAUUUGCUAGAUUCAUUAUUAAAGACUAUGCUAGGGUAACAUUUGAAACAACAGGGAAAGUAUUACAGCUAACCAUAUUAGAGUUACAUUAUGGUUCUACUCUGAAGGGAGAGAGAAUAUUACUUCAGAGUAAUGAGAUCUUAUUACAGCCUGGUUCUACUAUAGAUCUAUCUGGUGGGGGAUAUGCUGCUGAACAAGGUCCUGGUAAAGGAUUACAGAUAAAUGGUGAAGAUUUAGCAACUGGAGCAGGAUAUGCCAGUCCUGGUGGCUCUCCAUCAGAAUCCAAUACAGGUGGUGACAUUUAUAAUUUGGCAAGAGUACCAGGUGAAGAAGGCAGUGGAGGAGGUAACUCUAACUCUGGAGUGGGAGGAGCUGGAGGAGGAUAUCUAAAGAUUGAGACAUUCUAUGAUCUCACUAAUUAUGGUUUGAUCAAAGUAGAUGGUGCUAGUGCAACAGGAAGUGGUGCUGGAGGUGGCAGUGGUGGGACUAUUGUGGCAAACUGUAGGAAUCUUCUCGGUGAUGGCACGAUAUCAGUGAAUGGAGGUCAAGGAUUGGGCAAGGGAGGAGGAGGUUCUGGUGGAAGAAUGAAAUUUGUUUUUACUCAAAGUUUUGACUUUGAUGGAACAAUAACAGCUUAUGGAGGAGAAAAUGAUGAUAAUUUGAACACUGUCAAAGCUGGAGCUGGUACCAUCUAUAUACAAGAUGGGACAGGGAACAGUUUAAUGAACAGAUUGUGGAUUAUUGGGGACACAGAAUCAUCAGUACAGAAACAGACACACACACUCAUCUCAGGAACAACAUCAAAUGACUUCUACUACAAUGUUCUAUCUCUCAAAGGAUAUUCCUAUGCAAACAUAGAGGGAGCCACUACAUUACUUAGAAUCGAUAACAUCAAUGGUGACAACACUGGAACAAUGAAUGUCCAAAAUCAACAAAUUUUGAAAGCUGAAGUUUUUGAAGGUGAACAGAGACAUUUUAUCACAAAUAUAAACAUUGAUCUUGCAGAGCAGGCCACAUUACAUGUCCCUCUAAACAUGACUGUUAGUGGCUGUACUGUUACUCUGAAAGGAAGGGUCACUUUUAACAAUCUAAUUGUGGAAAAUGGAGGUACUGUUAUUCUAGAGCCUACUUCAAUGACUGCAACAUAUUCAGCCGGUGUUUAUGAUGUCAGUACCUCAACACCAGGAGUGUACUCAUUAGGUUACAUUGGACUGAAAUAUGGAUCCACUUUCUCACCGUCAGUUGGAUUGCAAUUGAUAGCUGUUUCCAUGGAUAUAAAGAGAUACAUUGUUCUACAUUCUGACUUUGUUGACCUGAAAAUUGCAACAUUAACAAUGGAACGUGGUGCUGAACUGAAUGUUGUAGGUAAAGCAUUAGAAAUUGAGGCUCCAUCAUCAGCUCAUGGUACCAAUAACAAUGGAGGAUCAUAUGCGAGUGAGGGUGGAGUUGGUGACGGUUUCAGUUUAUCUACUACUUCUACACCCUAUGGAUCCCUGUAUGUUCCACUACUGAAAGGAUCAAAAGGUGGCAAUGGAGGACAGGGAGGUGGAUAUAUCUCUAUACAGACAGAUACUUUUACCCUGGAUGGUAUCUUGAGGGCAAAUGGUGAUUCGUCUACCAGUGGUGGUGGUGGCAGUGGUGGCAGUAUAUAUGUCUCAUGUGCCACUAUGUUGAAAGGAUUUGGUCUAAUGGAGAGUAAUGGAGGAGACACAAGUAGUUCUUCAGCAGGAGGAGGAAGUGGUGGUAGAAUUGCUGCCUAUUCAGAGGAGGAUCUCUAUACUGGUAUAGGAGCAUAUAGAGCUAAAGGUGGUGAUUCGUCUGCAACAAAUGGUAGAGGUGGUCCUGGUUCUAUUUACACUAAAAUUGGUAGUGGCAAGAAUGAAUUUGAAACUUUGACUGUAGAUAAUGAAAAUGGUCAAACUAUUCACUAUUUAACACUGAAUGAAAACAAUACAGAUAUUGAUUUUGAUUUGCUUAAUGUUGAAAAUUAUGCUAAGCUUCAAGUGACAGAAGAUGGACAGCAAAGAUUGCUUAAUGUCAAGAAUGUAAAUGGGGAUGGAACUGGUUUAAUAAGAAUGAGACAAAAUCAAAUUGGUACCUUGGAGAGGUUCUCUUUAGAUGUACUUAUCUCAAAAUUAGAGAUUAAUCUUGAACUUCAUAAUGGUGGAGAAUUCAUCUUAUCCGAGACCACAACAAUCUUAGGAAAGGGCACAACUGCCUUGGAUCUUGACGGAAUAAUGAGAGGAGCUGUAAACUUGAUUGUUGGAACAAAGAGACACAUGAGAAUGGGCUCCAAUGCUUGGAUCAUACCACUGAAAGCCACAGAAUUAUCAAGCCAGGCAAGAGUAUCAUUUGGACUCUUACAACUUGACCCUGGUAGCUCAUUGGACUUUGAUGAGAAUACUGGAGCAGAAAUGUUAGUAGGAACACUUAAUGCAAAAUUCAAGUCUAGCAUAACAGCAGAUUAUUUUAAUAUCUCCUGUUCAAAUAUCAAUAUUGAGCUAGAAGCAAAACUAUCUGCAGCCAGUGAAGAUAGGAUAGGCUCAGAAAAUAUUGACAUUCUAAGUGGAAAAGCUAAUGGAACAUAUGGUGGUGCAGGCCAUGGUGGAGUUGGUGGUGGAUCAAAAACUAUUGCUGGUGAUUCUUAUGGGUCCAUUUACCACCCAAAAGAUGCAGGAAGUCGACCACAUUCAACUGGUGGUAGAGGAGGAGGUAAAAUCUACCUGAAAGCAGGUUUGUCUGUCAUCAAUGAUGGUGAGAUCUCAGUCAAUGGCAGCAGUUCAUCUCUUGGUGGCGGAAGUGGAGGUAGUAUUUGGAUAGAGACCUAUUACAUUGAAGGAUAUGGUGUCUUCUCCACUGUUGGAGGGAGUGGAAGUGGAUCAUAUGGAGCAGGAUCAGCUGGAAGGAUAUCUAUUGAUUCUAAACAGGUGAUAGAAUAUGAAGGAGAAUACUAUGUAUUCGGCGGAGCAGGGUCAACUGAUGAACUUGCUGCUGGGGGUGGAACCGUUUAUUUAGAGGACAUUAGAAAAGGUGUUGCAUACAGAAGAUUGAUGUUAGACAACCUUGACAGAUCCAUUGAAAAGUACUCCACAAUAGAUGAACAGACACAGACAGAGUUUUACUUUGAUGAAGUUCAUAUUAUGAGGAAGGCAUCUUUACAAGUUAGAGACAAAGGAAUAGAUAUAUUUAUGGACAUAAGACAGUUAUUUGGUGAUAGAAGUGGUCUGUUACAUCUUCAUGAUAAUCAACGUUAUAUUGUGGAAUAUGAACAAGGCAUAAGACAAGCACUGACCUCUGGUGUCAACUUCAUAGUGGACGAUGGAGGAGAAAUUAUUAUACCAGCUAUUUCUUAUAUUUACGGCAAAGGUGUUCACAUGACUGGUUACACGGAAUCUAGAUCUGUACAAAUAUAUGGGAGAUUUACAGGUGUGGCUAACUUAGCUUUAGGAUUUGAAACUCUAAUUUACAUUGGUCAGAAUGGUCAUACAGCCAUGUUAGGAGAUGGAACAUAUUCGGACAAAGGAAAGACUUAUUUGUACAAAGAUGAUAAUGGACAAACAACAUUUGGUUCUGUUGACCUUAGAGCAUUUUCCACAAUACAAUAUGCUCCAGAUAAACCAAUGCUCAGUAAUAUUGGCAAAAUAGACUGUAGAUACAAGUCUACUAUUUCAGCUGAAAGUAUCUACCUAAAUACCAGUACAUUCAACAUUGAAGCUGGUUCUAAAGUGACAACUUCAGCCACAGACAGAUCAUUGGAUACAAUUGAUGAGUCGCAAGGGUCUGGUAUCAGUGUAAGUACCUCUGUGGUUGCCACUGGGGGAGGACAUGCCAGUGAAGGAGGUGCUCUCUAUGACCAAGCGAGCUAUAUUUCCAUCCGUGAAGGAGGCAGUUAUUAUGGCAGUAUGUAUACUCCUGACUUGAGAGGAAGUAGAGGAGGUAGCAGUGUCAAUUCUGAUGGUGGUAAAGGAGGUGGUAUUGUUGACCUCAAUGUAGCCAAGCACCUGCUAGUAGAUGGAGAGGUAUCUGCUGAUGGUUCUGAUGGUGCAACUUUAGGAGGUGGAGGAAGUGGAGGUAGUAUUUAUGUUAAAUCACACAACCUAGAGGGACAUGGUGUUAUUGGCAUUAAUGGAGGUGAUGGUGCUUCAGGAGGUGCAGGAGGUAGGAUUGGUCUUCAUCUAGACACAGAGAUCUAUUACCAUGGAAGUUACAACAAUCUUGGUGGCAGUGGGACAAAUGGAUACUUAUCUGAUGGAGGUCCAGGAUCUGUUUAUAUAAAGGAUACUAGAAAUGGAAGGGAUUACGAACAGCUUCACUUAGACAACAACAAACGCACGUGGGAUCAUUACUUCAUUCUGGACGAGCCUGGUAAAACAACAUAUUACUUUGAUGAGGUUCACCUAUUCAAUAAUGUAACAUUACAACUGAAAGAAGAUGGUAUGAAUAGGACCCUGACAACUACUAAAGUGCAAGGAGAUAAGAGUGCUAGAAUUCAUCUCAAACAGAACCAUAUCGCUUACAUAGAGGAAUUCCAGAAUCUAACUAAAGAACCAAUCAAUUUAUGGAUUGAAGAUGGAGGUGUGGCAUUCCUGUCUCCAUUGGUCUAUAUGUUGGGACAGGGAGAAAUUGCCUUCAAAUGGUUUGGUGAGAUGAUAGGAGUGAGACACUUGAGGAUUGUUCCUGGUAGAAAAAUAAGCAUUGGACCAAUGGCAAGGACAAGCUUUAUAGAUAAUGGAGAAUAUGCACGAGGAAAAGCUGGGUGGUUUAAGUUUGCCAGUUUGGAAGAAGGUGCUGAAGCCAUUAUGGAACUGCCACCUCCAAUGGAGCUCAAACUUUCUGUGGGAUUCUUGGAUAUCAAAUACAGUGCAUUGUUUAAAGCUGAUGCAUUCUUAAUAGAGGCUACAGAUUUUUACCUGGAACCAUUAGCAAGUUUCCGGUGCAUAGCCACUGCACCAUCAGGAGGCGUUGGUCAACCGACUGUCAUUUCUGCAGGGGCAGGGUAUGCAGCAUUGGGUGGAGGGUCUCCAGGAAAUUCCAAUAAUGGUGGGGCAUCGUAUGGAUCUCUGUAUAAACCAAAUGACUCAGGAAGUCAAGGGGCAAAUGGUACUAGUGGUGUGGUUGGUGGCAGAGGUGGUGGCAAGGCCAAAAUAACAGUGGGAGCUAUAAUGAUCACCGAUGGCAUGAUUGAAGCUGAUGGCGGAGAUGGUUCAAACUUGAGUGGAGGAGGAAGUGGUGGCUCCAUCUGGAUUAUUGCUGGUUCAUUUAGAGGUCAUGGUAAACUCUCAGCCAUUGGAGGAAAAGGUCAUACUACAGCAGGAGGAGGUGCUGGAGGAAGAAUAGGCAUUCAUGCUAGAGAUAACAAUGAGUAUGGAGGGAAGCUGUUGGCCUAUGGAGAAACAGGGACUACAACAGGUGACAGAGGAGGUCCAGGGACUGUGUUCGUUGAGGAUAAGACUGGAAUAUUUACAUACCAAAGUAGACUGUAUCUGGAUGGUAAAAACUUGCAUCCACCUAAACCUGUUAUUGUCAAUGAGAGGAAUCCUAGGAUUGUAGCUAACAGUGAUGAGAUAGAUAAUGAUGCUGACCUUAACUUUGAUCAUCUUAUGCUGAAUAAUAUGGCCAUGUUGGAAAUUGCUGAUGGAGGAGAUAGCAUUGAUUCAAUCAACUUAGGACUGAUCCUAGGGGACAAGUCUGGCUAUCUACACAUACAAAACAAACAGAAAUUCUAUGUUGAAUUUGAUAAAUUCAGUGUUUUGAGAUCUUCCCCUCCAAGUAACUUCAUUGUCAGAUACGGUGGAGAAAUGUGGGCAUCAGCUGACUUCAGACUGAUAGGUAGUGAAGUACCAGCUCUGGACCUAGAUGGACAUUUGGCUGGUGUAAUGAAUUUAACUUUAGAUGAGGGAAGAGCUGUACAUAUAGCAAAGACAGCAACAAAUAGUAGAUGGAUGGGUGGCCAAUAUGUUACUUUGGAUGGAGGCACAAUUGGAUUUGGACAUUUGUCUAUGCAGGCUAUGACAGAAAUCAUACAUGACACUGUUCUGAAAUUAGAGGUGUCUGACCUUAUGAUGAGAUAUGACUCUCACAUUACUGCUGAUAAUAUCACAAUCAAAGCCGGCAUCAUACACAUGGAAGGAGAAGCUAAACUCAACACAUCAGGAAGGAGUGUAGUAUGGGAUUCCCCAGGAGAUGGACUAGUGGAUAAUGGUGGAUUUGGAGUCGGUGGAAGUCAUGGUGGAUAUGGUGGUGGAAAUGUGCAAUCAAAUUAUACUACAGCUGAAUGUUAUGGAUCAUACAAGAAGCCACUUCACCCAGGCAGUAAAGGAGGCGGAGCCAAUAGAGGACAAGGAGGAGGAGUUAUUGAUGUGGAUGUGGCCAGAUACCUACAUUUGGAUGGAAUAUUAAUGAGUCUAGGAGGAAAUGCCACAGAUACCAACAGUGGAGGUGGUAGUGGUGGCAGUAUCCAUGUUAUUGCUGUUAACUUCUCAGGACAUGGUCUGGCUACCACAGAAGGUGGUGUGGGACACAACUAUGGACAUGGAGGUGGAGGUGGAAGGAUUGCCGCCCAUGUCAAAUGGUUCAGGGAAUACACUGGUGAUUACAUAACCUAUGGUGGCUAUAGUGGCUCUUCUAGGACUGAUGAUGAUAAGAAUGGUGCCGCUGGAACUAUCUACUUCACUGAUUCUAACACUGAAGGACUGACGGCUAAAGAAUAUAUAAACACUACUGAAGGAUUGGUGUUUAAAGAUGGAUUUGUGAAACUGUACAUUGAUAAUGACAACAGAAAUCACAUCUCACCUACUAUUAUAACAACAGACGAUGGCAAUCAUGAAUUUGAAUAUGACGAACUUGAGGCCAAUAAUCAUGCUGUGUUGCAGAUGUAUGGAUCAACAUCAGAACUUGUAGUCCACAAAUUUGAUGGUGACAGAACAGGACUGAUGCAUAUCUUAGAAGGACAAGUUAUUCACGUAGAAUACAAAGAAUCUACAACAGGCUAUACUGUAGCACCUGUAAGCUACAAAGUAGAAAAAGGAACAGAAAUUGUUUUGCCAUCCACAGUUAUUAUGUUAGGAACUAGAAGUGAACUUAAGGGUCUGAUGACCAAUGUGCAGAACCUAACAAUUGCUGAAGGAGCUGAUGUUGAAUUUUACUCCACCUCACAGACAGCUCUAAGAGAAAAUGGAACCUAUACACACAUGACAAAGCUAGGUAAUAUCAGUCUAACCAUAUUUACAAUUCAGAGAGGGUCAGUGGCUAGAUUUACUGAAACAGAAGCUGACCUUGUGUUGCAGCUUAUCAAAUUCCAUAUUAUGUACCAGGGACUUGUAUACAUGACAGAUGGGACUAUUUACUCUGAUGAAGGAGUAGUAGAAAGUGAGGGAUUCUUGAACCUUGACUACAUGGGAUAUGGUUCUCAGUCUGGUCCUGGGAAUGGAAGUACUGAUGGAAAUGUGGGUUAUGGUGGAGCUCAUGGUGGCCAUGGAGGUGCCACAAAACCAAACACAGGUGGAAUUCCAUAUGACUCUGUUUAUAUUCCAAAACACGAAGGCAGUGGUGGAGGAAAUGGUAAAGGAACAGGAGGAAAAGGAGGCGGUUAUCUUGUUUGGAAGGUUGGCACACACCUGUGGAUUGAUGGAGAGGUAACUAUGCAAGGAGAAAAUGGUCAGGGACUGAAUGCAGGAGGUGGCAGUGGGGGAGGUAUUUUCAUUGAGACCCUUAAUUUCACAGGUUAUGGUCAUGUGGACUGUAGUGGAGGUAAUGGAUCCAUCUCUGGAGGAGGUGGAGGAGGAAGUGGUGGUAGAAUAGGUCUCUUAGUUCACUUUGACAGAAGAUUUGCAGGAUUACUGAAUGCCUAUGGAGGCUAUGGUACAAAUGGAAUUCUUUCAGGAGCUGCUGGUACUGUUUUCAUUGAGGAAACAAACAGGGGACCAGACUAUGAGGAUAUCAAAUAUGACAAAGUUCUUAAUGAAACAAUUAGAAUUGGAAAUCACCGUAGAAUUUUGAUUGACAAUAAUGAUAUUGAUGCCCACUUGUAUGUGAAUCAUGGCGAGCCAUGGUUAUAUUCAAGUGUAAAUGAAGGGGAAACCACCAGCUAUUCCUUUGAUGAAAUGGAUGUGAGAGGGCAUGCUAAUUUGAUUUUUGAUUAUCCACCCUCUGGGGCAGAUGUUGAAGUUAUUGUACAUGAAAUGCAGGGGGAUUUAACUGGAUUAAUUCACAUAAGACAGAGACAAACCUUGUUUGUAGAAGUUGUUGAAUCUGUAUCUAAUGAAACAUAUGCUCCUGUAAGCUUUAAAAUUGAUGCCAAAUCUGAAGUUUUGUUCCCCGAAAUUGUCAAUCUUGUUGGUAGAAGAAAUUGGUUUGCAGGUCUGAUCACAGGUAUUGAAGAAUUACUAAUUAGAGGUGGAGCUGAUGUUAUUUUCUUUUCAACUGGUCACACAGCAUUGUUAAGUAAUGGUACAAGAAUUCGCAUUACACCACAAGGAAACUUUGAAUGGGCCAUUCUCAAAGUAAUGAGGAACUCAAAAGCAAACUUUCAACAGAUUUCUAAUCCUAUGUCUAUUACAGUGGCAGAAUUUUAUGUCAAAUAUGAAGGUCUAUUACUUAUGAAUUUAGCACUGAUUAGAUCAAGCUAUGGAAAUGUUGAAGCUGAAGGAGAGUUUAAUCUGAAUGCUGUUGGAAAUCCUGCAGAGACUGGUUAUGGAAAAGGUUGGACGGAAGGUUCAGUUGGUUGGGGAGCUGGCCAUGGAGGCUGGGGAGGAGGACCAGAACCAAAUUUUGGUGGUAUACCAUACAAUUCUCUCUUCAAACCAGGUAAUGGGACUGCCUAUCCAACCAUGGAGUAUGCUGGUAGUGGUGGAGGCAAUGGAGGAGGAACUGGUGGGGUGGGUGGUGGAUUCCUGGUCUGGAAAGUUGGUGCUCUGCUGGAAAUGAAUGGAAUUCUGACCCUAAAUGGUGGAGAUGGAUCGUCUAGCAAUUCAGGAGGUGGAAGUGGUGGCAGUUUGUUGAUAGAGACUCUAAAUAUGACCGGUCAUGGUGAAAUCUUGGUUGCUGGUGGUAAUGGUGUUGGUAGUGGUGGUGGUGGAGCAGGUGGAAGGAUUGGUGUACACUGUGAAUGGAGGUACUCCUAUGGUGGAGAAUAUCACAACUAUGGUGGUGAUGGUGGAGGGUCAUACGCCUCCUCAAGAGCUGGAGCUGCAGGAACUACAUUUGUACAAGAAAACUCAAGACCAAUAGAGUAUAGAGCUAAGAAAUAUGACCCUGUGCAUAACAUGACAUAUUUUGAUGUAGACCACAAAUAUCUACACACAGAUAACCUUUUGAAGUAUAGUCCAGCAGCUACUCUUAUCAUGGAAAACUAUAAAUACAGUUAUGUGUUUAAUGAGACAGAAUUAACAGGGAGUUCUAGACUGAUGAUCUACCAUCCAAAUAAUGCUACAAGAGUUGAUGUUGACAUUCACCUUUUUAUUGGAGACAAGACAGGUGUUUUGAUUAUUAAAAAUGAUCAGCAUGUUGUUGUUGAAAUCACUGAAGCUAUAUUUAAUCGAACAGAAGCCCCUUGUGGCUUUUAUCUGCAUGCUGGUGGAGAGAUUUACCUCCCUGCAGAGACACAUUUACAUGGAGCUGAUAGUACCUUUGCUGGACUUAUAACUGGAGUAGCUGACUUAUAUGUAGAGGAUGCAACUGACAUUGAAUUCCACUCCACAGCAUAUACGGCCUUGAUUGAAAAUGGCACAUACUACAAUGUUAAAGAACCAGGGAACUUUGCUUGGGAUACAUUGACUGUAAAGAAAGGUGGAACUGUUGGUUUCCUGAAAAUAACAGAGGCUAUGCAUAUUUGGAAUAGUGAAACAAAAGUCAAAUAUUUUGGAAAUCUGUACAUGAAUGAUGCCAUCAUUGACUCUUCUUAUGCCUGGAUUGAAAGUGAAGGGAUAUUUCAUCUGAAUGGACAUGGUCAUGGACCUGAGGAAGGUUAUGGUGCUGGUCAAACAAUCAGUAAUCAAGGUUAUGGAGCUAGCCAUGGUGGCUAUGGUGGUGGUGCUGACCCAACCUUGCCAACACUUCCAUAUGGUUCUGUUUAUAAUCCAAUGUUAUUUGGCAGUGGAGGAGGAAAUGGGAAUGGUGUUGGUGGCAAUGGUGGUGGUGUUCUUCUGUGGAACAUUAGUCAGAGAAUGGAACUUAAUGGUUUGCUUGCCAUUCAGGGUGAUAGUGGUGCCUCUGCUAACAGUGGUGGUGGAAGCGGUGGCAGUAUCAACAUGUUUACUACAAACUUCACAGGACAUGGCGAGAUUAACGUCAGGGGAGGUAACGGUGCUGGAACAACUGGAGGAGGAGGUGCCGGAGGCAGGAUUGGUGUUCAUUGUAGAUAUAGAUACAGCUACGGAGGGAAAUUCACUAACCGUGGUGGAGAUGGUGGAAGCAGCAAUGUCCUGACUCAUGGUGGUGCAGCUGGAACAACUUAUGUGGAAAAUAAUUUCAGACCAUUAGAAUACAGAAUCUUAAAGUACAUGAAAGGUACAAAUAACACAUACUUUCAAGUUGAUCAUCUUUACUUGCAUAUUGACAAUGAUGGUAAUCUAGUCUCUGUACCAACAAUGAUUAUGGUCAAUCAGACAACAAACUAUGAAUUUAAUGAAGUUGAAAUAGCAGGAUAUGCCCGUGUUAUAAUUUAUCAUCCAAAUAAAGAUGUUGAAAUGAUCAUCCACCGAUUCAUUGGUGAUAGGACAGGUCAACUACACUUAAGAAGUCAUCAGAAAGCUAUAGUGGAAUAUAUUGAAUCAGUCCGUAAUAUAACUGAAGCACCAGUCAGUUAUAUUAUUGAUUAUGAAAGUGAGAUCGUCUUUCCUACGGAAGUUCACAUGCAAGGAAUUAACACAACCAUAGAAGGUAUGAUGACUGGAGUACAUCAUUUCUAUAUUGAAGAUGAUGGUUUUGUAUCUGUAGCUGCUACAUCUCAAACAGCACUCUUGGAUAAUGGCACAUAUAUAUUUGUCUCAGAAGAGGGAAACUUCUCAUUACCAACUAUUAAUAUAAAACAAUCAGGUACCUUAGAAUUCAGGAGAAUACUGCAUGAUUUCACAAUAACAGCAUCAUUCAUGGAAAUCAAAUAUCAAGGAACAGUGUUGUUGAAUCAUGGUUACAUGGACCUUGGAGAGUUUGACAUGGAACCUGAAGGUGACCUUAAUCUUGAUGGUAGAGGUCAUAGUGCAAUGCAAGGUGAAGGUGUUAGUAUAGGCUAUUCUGGUGGCAGUUAUGGAGGUGUUGGUGGUGGUUCAGAUGAUUCUUAUCCAUAUGGAUCUGUGUUUUCACCCAUGGAUUUUGGGAGUGGUGGAGCUGGUAGUUCGUAUGCUGGAUCUGGAGGUGGAUUCCUCAAAAUGACAGUUGGAAGAAACAUUCACAUUGAUGGCACAAUCACCUCUGCUGGAACAGCAGCCACAAGUGGUAGUGCAGGUGGUGGCACUGGUGGCAGUAUCUUCAUUGAGGCUUACAACAUCUCUGGUCAUGGCAUCAUUUCAGUGAAUGGUGGAGCUGGCAAAGCUUCUGGUGGAGGUGGAAGUGGUGGCAGAAUAGCACUACAUGUUGGGUUUAUCAAUUUGUAUGGAGGGCAGUAUCUGUCACAAGGUGGAUCAGGGUCUGGUAUUGGUGGACCUGGAACAAUCUACAAGUAUGAAUCACAACGAGGACCACAAUACAGAGAACUGAAAUACAAUCCACGACUGAACAGAACUUUAAUUGAACCUGAACAUUCUAAACUCACUGUUCAUAAUGGUAAUCUUAACACAGUCAACCCAGCCAUGGUGAUGGAAAACAACAGUGUUUAUUAUGAGUUAGAUGAAGUUCAAGUGGAGGGAUACUCAUAUGUCCACUUUUAUCAUCCAAAUGGUGUACAUAAUGUUACAGUUAUCAUCCAUGAACUUACAGGAAACAAGAAGGGAAUGGUACGUGUACAGAACAGACAACAAGUUAUUGUACAUUUUGUUGAAUCUACUCACACUUAUCUUGACUCUCCAUGUGGAUUGCAUGUGGAUGUGGGAGGAGAAGUUGUACUGCCAACAGAUUUUGUUCUAACAGCUGAAAAAUUCAUCCUGAGUGGAAGACUUGUUGGCAUAGAAAACUUAUAUGUUGAAAGAAAUGCAGAACUCAUUCUAACUGAACAUGCACAUACUGGGGAACUGAGGUCCAUGGUCAUGUGGUAUACAGACAAAUCAGUACAUCCUUAUAAUCCGGGUAUGGUUACUAUAGGAACAAUCACUGUUAACAACCUUGGACAAAUAACCAUUACUUUGGAUCCACUGUUCCCAACCAUAACUGGUGGUAAAUGCACUUUGAAGAACGGUGGUACAAUAGAAACAGACAGUAUGAAGGUGACCUUGAGUUCUACAAGAAUGACAGUAGAACAUGGUGGUACAAUCACUGGUGAUGGAAAUGGUUACACUAAAGGUGAUGGUUCAGGAAGAGGAACAGAUUCAACAGACUAUGCAUCUGGGGCAGGAUACGGCAGUUCAGGAGGUAGAAGUGCAGACACAACAUCAUCUGGCAGUCAGUAUGGAUCUGUACUGUUGGCUACUGAACCAGGAAGUGGUGGAGGUGGCAGUAAUGCUGGGGCUGGUGGCAGUCAUAUUACUUUCAAUGUAGGGGAGGAACUACGUCUGGAUGGUACUAUAAAAACAACUGGUUUGUCGGGAACAUCUUCACAUGGUGGAUCUGGCAGUGGGGGAAGUGUCAAAUUGACCUUGGGUAGUCUCAAAGGUUAUGGAACUAUUUCAGCAAAUGGCGGAACAGGCCAUUCAUCCAAUGGAGCAGGAUCUGGUGGCAGAAUAUCCAUUUACCUGUCAGAGUACAUGUUGUUUAAUGGUAACCUUGUAGCCACAGGAGGAAGUGGCACAUACCCUGGUGGCCCCGGUACAGUCUAUGUACAAUCUGAUGUAGGAGUGGAUAGAUGGAGGGAACUAUGGAUAGAUAAUCUGAAUAGAGGCAGUGGAAAUUCUUGCGAUUAUCCCACUCAGAUAGACAAUACAUUACUGGAUAAUAUACAUCUUAACAAUAGGGCUUGUGCUGUCCCUACCAAGACACCUGUAUAUUAUGACCACAUUCAUGAGGCUACUGGUCAGUUAAAGGUUAACAGUGGCAUUACACUUAAUGUUGCUAUGGAUCGUCUGCGUGACUCUGUAGGAUGUAAUCUGUAUACAGUAGAUGGGUCAAAGGUCAUCUUCCCACCAACAACCUACAUAGAGAGAAUAAUGACUGUGAAUGGAAAUUUGAUUGGUUUAGACCAUCUGUAUACCAGGGGUACAUCAAUCUUGUCUUACACAGGAUCACUAACAGGAAGCAAGAUUGGCACACAAAUAGCUGGAUGGUACCAGCUAUCUACGAUUACAAUACUUAAUCAAGGAAAAGUACAGGUAAUUGACGAUGAUUAUGUUACUAACCAAGGACUUAAUGUGAUCACACAGUACUUCCAUAUACAACAUACAAGUACCCUGGAGGUAUCUCUCUCUGCUUCUUUAGUCAGUCAGGUGUUUGAUAUAGAGAAAGAAGGAACUGUAACUGGUAAUGAACUGGGUUAUGAAAAACUGCAAGGUCCUGGUGCAGGGGCAUCUUGUAAUGGAGGAAGUGGGGCAGCUCAUGGUGGAUUUGGGGGCAAUGGCCAUUCAUGUAGUUCAAGUGUCUCCUGUUCUGGGAGCGAAUCAACAUACGAUUCAAAAUGUCUGCCAUGGACAGCAGGAAGUGGAGGUGGAACUUGUAGUCAUGGUAAUGCAGGGUCUGGUGGUGCUGCUUUCAGAGUGGUAUCCAUCAAUGCCAUUUUUUUGGAAGGGGAGAUAACAAUGAAUGGUGUAGGUGCAUCAGGUGGUGGUGCUGGCAGUGGUGGUUCUGUGUGGCUAGAUAGUGAUGUAAUAGAAGGAUGGGGAGAACUAUAUGCUGAUGGAGGUAAUAGUGGAGGUUCACAUUGUGGGUCAAGUUGUUAUUAUGGAUGUUGUUGUAAUCAUGAUGGUUCUGGUGGAGGCGGAGGAAGGAUAAGAACAUUUACUGGUAACUAUACCCACAAAGUCCUGAAACAUCAAAGGUCUGUAGAUGGUGGUAGUGGUUCAGGUAGUGCCACAGCUGGUACAGAUGGUACAUUGUGUGAAACUACUGCUAAUCUCUGUAGUGGUCAAGGAACAUUUGCAUCAGGAGCCUGUACAUGUAAUUCAGGGUAUACUGGGAAUGAUUGUCAAUAUCACUGUAACCCAGCUACAACUUGCUCAGGUCAUGGCACAUGCUCAGUCUGGGGAACAUGCAUUUGUAACAGUAAUUAUGUUGGCCAUCUUUGUGACAGCCAGUGUCAUGAGAGUAUAACAUGUUCUGGUCACGGAAAGUGUACAUCUAUAGGUACCUGUGUUUGUGAUCCUUGUUACCAUGGAAAUGAUUGUUCAAUGUCCUGUAAUGGUCAAGGUCAGUGUGUUGGUGGUGAAUGUCAGUGUGAUGAUUGCUACUUGGGGAAAUUCUGUGAAUCAGAAUGUAAUGCACAUGGUAGCUGCAGUAAUAGUGUGAAUGGUACAUGUAUUUGUACAGACAACUGGCAGGAAUCUAAGUGUACAAGACCAGGUUGUCCAUCAAAGUCAUCGCAAGAAUGUUCAGGACAUGGUGUAUGUAUGGCUGGCAGUGGGAAAUGUUAUUGUGAACCAGGAUGGGCAGAUGAAGAAACAGGUUGUGGUGACCCAGACUGUCCAGGUGAACCCAACUGCAAUGAUCGUGGAUUAUGUGACCCCACAUACAAUCCACCAAAAUGUGUCAACUGUGAUGUUGGAUGGGUUGGACCUGCAUGUAAUGACCCUUGUAUCCAUGGCACCCCAAAUGUAAACAACACAGCUUGUGAAUGUAAUACCACAUGUUAUCAUGGAGCAGGAUGUGACAUACAAUGUUCUGGCAAUGGUGUGUGUGACAGUAAAUUUGAAUGUUAUUGUGAUCCUCUGGUUGGCUGGAGUGGAACAUAUUGUGAAGUACCAGGAUGUCCAAGACAUCCUUCAACUGACAUAGAGUGUAGUGGACAUGGUGAUUGUAACAGUGAAGAUAAGACAUGCCAGUGUUUUGCUGGUUGGAUGGGCGUGGCUUGCCAUGUUGCUGAUUGCCCAGGUGAACCAAACUGUUUUGACCGUGGUACUUGUGAUGAAUGGAGCUUUGAUCCUCCACAAUGUCAGAACUGUUCAGGAGACUGGAUGGGACCAGCUUGUAAUGAUCCUUGUGUUAAUGGUACAGAGACACCUAUCAACUCUGGGAACUGUCAAUGUGAUCCUGGUUUUGCUGGAGUUGGAUGUAACUCUGAAUGUUCUGAACAUGGACUAAUCAGAAGUGGGAAAUGUGAAUGUGAUUAUGUAACGGGAUGGAAAGGAGAUUUAUGUGACAUUCCUGGAUGUCCUGGAUUAUUUAAUCUGGACUGCUCAGAUAGAGGUGGAUGUGAAAGUGCCACACAUACAUGUACAUGUAGACCAGGAUGGACUGGUAUAGGAUGUGAGUAUGCUGACUGUGCUGGUACCCCUGACUGUAAUAACCAUGGUAAUUGUGAUGAUGCUGUAGACCCACCUGAAUGCAGAUGUAACUCCAAUUGGUAUGGUCAUUCCUGUGAAGAGCCUUGUGUAAAUGGUGAAGUAAUUCCAAUAGGUGCUAACAACUGUACAUGUUAUCCAGGCUGGGUCGGUAUCAACUGUGACUCAGAAUGUUCUGACCACGGUAAGAUUGUUGGUGGAGAGUGUGACUGUGAUGUUAACUGGUGGGGUGCUUUCUGUGAUGUGCCAGGAUGUCCAGGAAUUGGGGAGAGCUGUAGUAAACAUGGAAUUUGUAACUCCAUCACUCAUCAAUGUGACUGCUUCCCUGGCUGGACUGGAGAUGGAUGUGAACUGCCUGACUGUCCUGGUGAACCGGACUGUAAUGAUAGAGGGAUCUGUAACUCAACACUUGACCCCCCAAAAUGUCUAGACUGUAUCUCGGGUUGGAUGGGACCAGCUUGUGCUGACCUCUGUGUAAAUGGAACACAAGUACCCCACAACAGUGGACAUUGUGAAUGCCAUUCCUGUUAUAAUGGACUAGGCUGUAACGUGGAAUGUAAUGGCCAUGGAAAAUGUAAUGGAACUCAUUGUAUCUGUGAUGUGGCAUGGCGAGGAUCAAAGUGUGAGAUACAGGGCUGUCCAGGGCAAACAGAAGAUUGUUCCCAGCAUGGAACAUGCAACUCAGCUCUACAACUAUGUACUUGUAUACCAGGUUGGACUGGAGAUGCUUGUGACAUUCCUGACUGCCCUGGUGGCUGUGAAGGCAAUGGUUUCUGUAAUGGAACAGACAGAGAUAUACCAGAAUGUGACUGUAAAGAUGGUUGGUACAGUGAAGAUUGCAGUAAACCUUGUGUCCAUGGUUACGUAAACUCAGCCAAUGAUUUCUGUCACUGUGAUUCCUGUUACACUGGAGCUUACUGUGAACUGGAAUGUUCUGGAAAUGGAGACUGUGUCAACGAAACAUGUGACUGUUUUACAACAGAACCAGGAAACAGUUGGGUUGGAGACAAGUGUCAAGAAUCAGGAUGUCCAGGAGAAGAUGGGGCUUGUAAUGCACAUGGUAGCUGUAACAGUGCUCUUGGCAUGUGUACAUGUGAACCUGGGUGGAAGGGAGAUGAUUGUGCAAUACCUAGCUGUCCUGGGACACCUGAGUGUAGUGGUCCUGACCAUGGUAAUUGUACUGACGGUGGUAAAUGUCAGUGUAAUGAUGAUUGGUCUGGAGAGUACUGUCAGAUAGCAUGUCUGAAUGGCACCAAUGUGGACAAUGAAUGUGUCUGUGACAAACCAUGUAUAACAGGGAUCAGCUGUCAUCUUGAGUGCUCAAGUCAUGGGUCAUGUGACAAUGAUGGAAACUGUGAAUGUAAUUAUUAUGGAUUAUAUGAAGGAGUACGAUGUGAUGAACCUAGUUGUCCUGGUUGGCCUGAGAGAUGUGAAGGUCAUGGUACCUGUAACCUUGCUACAGGAGGCUGUGAGUGUGAUCAAUACUGGAGUGGUCAAGCGUGUGAAGUACCUGAUUGUCCUGGGAAUCCAGACUGUAAUGGAAUCAAUGCAACUUGUGCUGUUCCACCAGAAGGAGGAAAUCCAAGAUGUUUAGACUGCCAGUAUCCAUAUAUAGGAGAUUCUUGUGAACAUAAAUGUGUCCAUGGAACUCCCGUUAGAUCAUUAGAUGGUGUUUGGACAUGUCAAUGUGACUUCUGUUACAGUGGUGUGGAAUGUAAUCAGCUCUGCUCUGGUCAAGGUACUUGUCACAACACCACUUGUGACUGUGGAUUUAAUGGCUACCGUGGUGGAUGGUGUGAGACAAGAGGAUGUCCAGGUUAUAAUGAGGAUUGUUCUGGACAUGGAGAUUGCAAUGCUGCCACUGGUAAAUGUAUUUGUGAAGAAGGAUGGAAAGGAAUUGGAUGUCAUGUACCAUCAUGUCCCCAGGCCUGUAAUGGACAGGGAAGUUGUGUUGUUGUAGAUGAUGAACCUGCAUGUAGCUGUAAUGCCUCUUACUUUGGAUAUGCUUGUCAGUAUUAUUGUGAACAUGGUACAGUGAAAAACCAGACUUGUGUCUGUGACAGCUGUUACAAUGAUUACACAUGUCAAAUAGAAUGUUCUGGAACUGGAAACUGUACUGAUGGAACAUGUGAUUGUGGAUUUAAUGGUGGACGUGGAGAUUAUUGUGAACAACCGGGAUGUCCUGGGUUUGGACAGGAUUGUAGUGGGAAUGGAGAGUGCAAUGUUGCUAUAGGAAAGUGUAUUUGUUAUGAUGGAUGGAAGGGUGAUGGUUGUGAAGAAUCAGACUGUCUUGACAACUGUAACUACAAAGGUUACUGUAAUGUGUCCUUGGCAAGACCUAGAUGUACCAGCUGUGAGAAAGGUUGGAUGGGAGAGUCCUGUAAUACUGUAUGUAAUGGCAUCCAGGAACCAAUGGACAGUGGAAACUGUGUCUGUGACAGUAAAUGUGCCUCGGGUGAUUCCUGCAAUAUUAUCUGUAAUGGCUUUGGUACAUGUGAUAAUGAAACAUGUAUUUGUCAGAGUGGUUACUGGGGUGACACAUGUAAAGACCAUCUAUGUGUGGGAGUAGGAGAACCGUGUAGCGGACAUGGUGACUGUAACACGGUCACACACGAAUGCUUCUGUAGCCCUGGUUGGUAUGGUGAUGAUUGUAGUAUCCCAGACUGCCCUGGUGACCCAGACUGUAAUAGUCGUGGUAACUGCAGUGCAGCAACAGCUUAUCCCACUUGUAUAUGCGAUGAUGAUUGGACAGGAUACUCAUGUGACCUACCAUGUGUCCAUGGAACUCCACAAUCAGACUUUACCUGUGUAUGUGAUUCAUGUUAUUCAGGAACUGGAUGUGACCAACUUUGUGGAGGACAUGGGUCAUGUGACAACAAUACCUGCACAUGUGAUGAAGCUUGGUGGGGUGAUGAUUGUAGCACAAGAGGAUGUCCUGGUGACCCUGAACAACCAGAGAAAGGAUCUUGUACAGGACAAGGUACCUGUAUCUUGGCUGAUCAGAAAUGUGAAUGUAAUUAUGGAUGGCAAGGUGAUGGAUGUGAAUUACCAGACUGUCCUGGAGACCCUGAUUGUAGUAGAAGAGGUGAAUGUAUCUUGCUGAAUGAUAGCCCAACCUGUGUAAACUGCACAUUGUCAAUGGGACCAGCCUGCCAGUAUGAUUGUAUACAUGGUAUAGAAUAUCCACCAUUUACCUCUAACUGUCAGUGUGAUUCAUGUUACUCUGGUUCUAACUGUGACACUCUAUGUUCAAAUGUUGGACAGUGUCUGAACGACACAUGUGUGUGUGACGAGGGAUACAAGGGAGAUCACUGUGAACAGCUGGAUUGUCCAGGUGAACCAGAUUGUAGUACCUAUGGUCUGUGUACAAGAAAAGACAAUGCCUCAGUUUGUGUUUGUAAUGGAGGAUUUGAAGGAAAAAAUUGCUCAGAAUUCAUUUGUCCAGGGACACCUAAAUGUAGUGAAAAUGGUCAGUGUUUACUCUCUGAUGGAGCUAAUGCCCCAGCCUGUUUAUGUGACCAUGGAUUUGGUGGACUCUCUUGCAGUAGUUGUCUGACUCACUAUGAAGGUUCCAACUGUGAGAGAUGUGAGACUGGUUACAUAGGGUACAACACUACUUGCAGUGUAUUGUGUAUACAUGGAGAACCUACAGAAUUAGGUGGAGACAUAUGCCAAUGUUAUGAUGAUGAUACUAAUGGACACUGGACAGGUGAUGCUUGUGAUCAAUGUGUGUCAGGCUGGGAUCUGCCAUCCUGUACUGUUUGUACACCAGAUUAUGUUGGUCCCGGACAUUGUACCAUACCAUGUUCCAAUGGGCAGGGUGACUAUUCUGACAAAUUUGAUGGCACAGGAGAAACUGAUGCUAUAGAAGUAGUUUUCAGAUGUUAUACUGAGGAGUCUGAUGGUAACUACACAGCCUGGUUUGGAUACAACAACACUAAUGACCACAAUGUUUACAUUACAUCAUCAUAUGAGAAUUAUGUGACCAAAACCAGUUCUACUGUAUACCCACCAACAAAGUUUACGCCAGGAUGGACAGGAUAUGCAUUUUCUGUCAAAUCAAUGACAUCUACAGAUAUAGUAACAUGGUACCUCUCCUCAUCCUACGCUAAUACAAUCAAAUCUGCAUCAGCUGACCUGUCACCAGAAAUGAAGUGUCCAAAUGAACCAUUAGUGGUGGUUGUUACAGAGAAAACAGGGUUCUGUAAAUGUCAUGAGGGAUACUGGGGAUCAGAAUGUCAGAAUGCAUGUCCAGGUGGAGCCACUGAUUCUUGCUAUGGUAAUGGUGUAUGUGACUUUACAACUGGAUCCUGUUCUUGUCAUACUGGAUCUGCAGAGAGUACAAGCUGCCAGCAGUGUGAGGCAGGAUGGUUUGGUACAGAUUGUUCCAUUGUUUAUGUUGACAAUGAUAAUACUGGUAAUGGACAAUACCUUGGAAAAAGUUACCACAGUGGUCACUUCAUCACAUUUGAUGGAUCUGUGUAUAAUUACCACUAUUCUGGAGAACAUCUACUGGUGUCUGGACAGUUAUUGUCAGGAAUUCAAAUAAAGGUCCAUGUAUUACAAGUUUUCAUGUCUGAAUAUUAUUCCAGUGUUGGGACAUCUGCUGUUGGAAUCCAGAUUGACAGUCACAAGUUGGUAAUAUCUGUCAUUGAUGAGAUUGUGUCUACAUGGUAUGAUGAUGAAACAGUGGUGAUUGGAUCUGGAUUUGAAGCUGUAUCUGGAGUGACCUGUAAACAAAUAUCCUCCUUCCAGUACCAAGUCAGUGCAGGAUCUGAUUUGAUAGUUGAUAUCUAUGUCUAUGAAAAUCAUCUAGAUGUCCAUGUUGGAGCUUUGGCCAGCUUCUGUGGUACAAGUACUGGUUUACUCAGCAGCUGCAACCUUAAUCAUCAAGACGAUUUCAAAACCAGAACAGGAGUUGUUUUGACAAGUACUGAUACACUCAGUACCAACACCUUACAUAGUGACUUUGGUCAAUCAUGGCUUGUGUCAGAUUCAAACUCAGUUUUCAAAAGACUGAUACCUGUUGAAAAUAGUGGAGGAUUUGGUCUGUCAACCAAUGACUCACACAUUAUUACGGAUCCAGUUAGCACUUUCACAGAAUUUGUUGUUACAAUAGAAAUCAAAUUUAAAGCAGAUAUAGUAUCACCAAACUGUUACACAAUAUGGUCCUACAAAAAAGACAACAACAUCUUCUCAGCAGUUGUGUGUAAUGGGCAGAUAACUCUUUAUUACCAAGACAAGAAAAUUACCUUUUCAUCAAUAACAGUUGAUGUUGAUACAUGGUACCACUUUGCUAUUGUAUGGAGAUUAGAUACAAGAGUUAUAAGCCUUUAUCUUGUACAGGAAGGUUUACAGAUCAACACAGAUGUACAUGUAUUUGAUGUGAACGACCACAAUCCUUUUAGACCAGGAGGAACAUUCAUGAUUGGUCAAUGGAAUUAUCCUGCCAAUAAAAGAGAUGGUGUUAACUGGGGUUUCAUUGGUACAUUUGAUGACUUCAGAAUAUGGAAGAAACAACUGACCCUGAAUCAAAUCAGAAGUUAUGCCUUCACACAUAUGACUGAUACUUAUACUGGUUUGACUAACCUCUGGAAUUUCAACAUAGGAUAUGGUAGACAAUUAACUGAUUCCAUUGGAGGAUUGAAAAUUACGAUGAUAUCAUCACCAUGGCACUACCCAGCCUGGACUUUGGUGGACUACUCAUUAUCAUCACUAAGUUUGAAUAUUUACCAGGUUUUCACAAAUCCAAAUAAUGUUGAUGCUGAAAUAGAUGAAUUCUGUAAAUCUUUGGUAUUGUCAUCUGUUUAUAAUAAUUCAUGUUCAAACUUUGGAACACAGUUCCAAGUUUAUGUUUACAAACAAUGCAUAUUCAAUAGUAUGGUGACAAACAGUCAAGACUGGACCAUGGAACCAAUCAUUACAUUGUCUGACCAUUGUUCACUGAACCGUGAUCUAGUCACAUGGCCUGCUAGAACAUGGUGUGGAUCCUUCACUUCACGUCAUUUUCCAAGAUGGUCAGGUAGCUUAUGUUCAACACCUUGUAUUUCUGGCGAAUUGAGUACAACAUGUAACUGUGAUGAUGGAUUCUGGGGAUCUUACUGUCAAAGUAUCUGCCCAUAUUCAGCUGAUUUACCAUGUGGAGGUGGAACUUGCUUCUCAAACAAUGGAACCUGUUCAUGUCUGUCCAACUUUGCUGGUAGCAACUGUGAAGCAUGUGCCUCUGGAUGGUAUGGAGCAGAUUGUUCUGUAAGUCUUGCUAGUAUUCCCUCAUCUGGUGUUACUACCAAGGUAUGUUCUGUAUUUGGAUACAGUCACUUCUCUUUGUUUGAUGGACAGACAUUUGAUAUGACAGCUACAGGAGAAUUCUCAUUUAUUCAAGAUCCAACACUUUUUGCUUAUGUAAGACAACUUCCCUGUGGAGAAAAUGGUGCAGUGUGUGUAAAACAAGUAUGGAUACAAGCACAACGUCAAAAUCUGACUGUGGUAUCAUCUGUACCUGGACAGGAUGGAAUUCUACUCUUGCACAACAGUCAGCCAAUCAUCCUUGACAACAAGUAUAAUCUGACUUCCACAGUCAGAAUUGUCCAGAAUGGUCAGACUUCAAUUAAUGUGGAGUAUGGAUCCAAUAUCCUGACAAUCAACUACCACAGCUUAUUCCUGGAAGUGUUUGCUAAAUUAACUCAGUGUACUACAGGAAUGUCAGGGCUUUGUGGAACAUGUGACUACAAUAAAGACAAUGACUUUUUCAUCAGCUCUGGAUCAGCAGUGUCCAUGACUGAUAUCACUCAACAUACCAUCAAUACAAACUAUGCUGAUUAUUGGAGAAUGGGAACUAAUGUAGGAUCUGGAUUUAAGUAUGAAUUUGAUGGACUUACUAAGCCUCAGAAUACCAAUGGAAAUACUUUUGUCUUGGCUUUCAAUGGAGCUGGAGCAUAUACUUCACAGCUAGAGAAUGUGUUUGGUACCAAUGGUGAUGCAACAAUACAAGUGAAAUUUGCAGCCAAUUCUGCUACAGGCCUCAUCCUAGCAUACUACAAGCAGACCUCAGUCAGUAUAUAUCUCAACGGAACAGUUCACAUUCUUUGGGGUAAUGUGAAAAUUGAUACAGACUAUACAGCACAGAUUGGUGUAUGGUAUCAGGUAUCACUGACUUAUACACACUCAACCAACAAUCUGAUAUUCUACAUCCUCACCAACAGUGGCAUGCAAUGGUGGAAACAACUAACUGUACAGACUACUGCCUUGUUAACAGGAGGAAUCUUCAAGGUUGCUGAUUGGAAAGAUAAUGCUCCAGUUGUGUUCCAACACUUUAAUGGGAGAAUAGCUGAAAUCCAGACAUGGAAGACUGCUUUAGAUAUUUACCGGAUUAUGUAUACAUCAAAAACAUUACUGACAAAGCAGUUUACAGACUUGACUUCAUUGUGGAUAUUUUCAAAAGGAUACAGUUAUGUUGCACUUGACAUUAUAAACAAUUAUCAGCUAAUUUUACCAUCGGAAGAUGUGUAUUGGUGGCCAUCUGAUUUGGUUACUGAUGGAAAUCCUCCAUCUACUCCAGAAAAUGAGACAUUGAAAGUUGUAAGUGAGAGGAAAUGUAGAGAGUAUUUCAUGGAGUCUACCAUUCCUUCAGUCUGUGGUCAACUUGGUGAAGCUGUUUUACAAUUUUACUAUAAAUCUUGUGUAACAGACAUGAUUUCUUCCUCAGAUGAGCUUGGCUAUAUCUAUAGUCUGGUUUCCUACAUAGAAUACUGUGAAAUAAUUGUCAAUCCACCAACAUCACCCAGAGGAGCUAUCUGUACAGAUAUUACCAAUCCAUAUUUUACGCUUCUGUGUUCACAUCUUUGUAAGUUCGGAAAACUAAACACAGAAAUGAAUUGUGAAUGUGACAAAGGAUAUUGGGACACAGACUGUAGUCAAGUAUGUACUGGAGGCACUCUUUCACCAUGUAGUGACAAUGGUCUAUGUAUCAAAGAAACUGGUCAAUGUUACUGUUAUCCAUCAUUUAGCAACAACACAGACUGUAAAACAUGUUUGGCACCAUGGACUGGAACUGAUUGUGAUGUCAUACCACCAGAUGUCACUCUACCUACUGGUUCCCCACUUUUGCAAAACCAUACAUGUUCACUCUUUGGGCAUGGCCAUUUGAGGACAUUCAACCAACUACAGUUCAACUUUAUACAUGUAGGAGAAUACUACAUACUAAAAUCCUCAGAUACCAACAUAUACCCAGAAGUACAGGUUAGAAACACUUAUUGUUACGAAGAAUCUAUAUGUACUACAGCAGUAGCUAUCCAGUACAAGAGCAACACCAUUGUUAUAAGAGCAAGAUACCAUGAUAACCAAGAUACAUUAGUAUGGAUAGAUGGUCAAUCAUUUGUUUUUGAUGGUCAAGUCGAAAAAGAUCUCCCUGAUGUGAUACUGAAACAUCCAACCAAGUCAGAGUUUGAAAUAACGACCAAAUCAGGCAGCAAUUUAAUGGUGAAUGUUAGAUCACUGGACCAACAACUAAAUGUCCUUAUCAAAACAGAGACACCAUUCUGUAAAACUCAGGAUUACCUGUGUGGACCCUGUGAUCCUACUACUACAAAUGUCCAGACCUACUCAGCCACAUGGGUUGUCGAAGAAGUCCACAGUUUGUUUACUGUAAUAUUUACAAACAAUGAACUUAUGGAGAAGCGAUCAGUAUCAACAGCUGGAUUGUUUAUCUACUUCAAUAACUCACUACUUACUACUGACUUUUUACCAGAUAUAAUUAUCAGUAGUAUAGACUUCUCCAUAGAAUUAUCCUUCCGACCAGGUGGUGAUACAGGAGUAAUACUUACUUAUAAUACCAAGCUUUCCUUUAUUGUUUAUCUAGAUGUUACUCUGAAGUUAAAAAUUGAUCAGAAUAUAUAUGAUACUAAAAUAAAUGCCACAAUUGAACAGUGGCACCACAUGAGCCUCGUAUGGCACAAUGUGGCAUCCCAAAUGGUGGUUUAUGUCUACAAAGAGGAUGGAUCAUUUGAAUAUGUUUCAUUUACUGUGGUUAGUCAAGAUAUGUUUAUUGCCUAUGGCUACUUUGGUUUCGGACAUCCACCACAACCACCCCUUCCUACAGAAACAGAACCUCAUCACCAGUACUUCACAGGAGACAUGGAUGAAGUCAGGGUAUGGCAGAAGGCUUUAUCAUACAACGACAUACUAAAAUACCAAAUGCAAAGAGUAGUUAUUACAGAAAAUUCACUGGUAACUUACUGGAAAUUUGAUGACUAUGGAUCUUCAGUUAUUUACGAUCUGGUUAGAGAACAUCACAUACAAGUUGUAGACUAUGGUAUACUUAGACAGAAAAUUAGAUGGAGAAUAUCCAGUUUACCAUUAAAUCCACCAACUGUUCCAUAUUUCCACACAUAUAAAGAUCUUACACAACAACAGAGAGCUGACUCAAAAUGCACUAAUUUGAUAUAUGGAUCUGUUCUGGGAACAACUAAUGGACCAAGUGUAGGUGUUCUGAGUUUCUACUUUGCUGCCUGCACCAGUGAUAUGGCUGGAGCGAAUAACCUAGACAUGGGAUUAUCUGUUGUGGUUGGUCUCUCUGACCUUUAUAUUUCAUCAGGAUGGUUAACAUCAUGGCCUGGCUCUGUCUUCUGUAAUGAUUUCAAAACAUUGAUUUUCCCUGGAUGGGUUGGUUCUGACUGCACACAGAAAUGUGACUUCCAUGAAUCCAUUAAUCCAACAACUUGUACAUGUGAAACUGGAUACUGGGGAUUGUCCUGCAACAAACUAUGCAAUGGUGGAACAUUGAAUAUUUGUGGUGGACAUGGUGAAUGUAGCCAAGCUACUGGAGAUUGUCAAUGUCAGAUGAAUUGGGCUGCACCAAAUUGCACCUCAUGUGCUCCUGGCUGGUCAGGAGAAGAUUGCUCAGUUUCAGUACAAUCAACUCCAGCUGGUGCAAAGAACUUCUUGGGUGGUAUAUCUGGGGAUGGACAUAUAACAACAGUUGAUGGGGCCAGCUUUAGAUUCCAAGAGCAUGAUAUUUAUACAUUCUACCAUUAUAACAGUAUAAGUGUUCAGAUCCAGACAGGACCAAGCAGAUUUUUCCAUACUGCUGUCAAAGAAAUCGCAAUUAAAAUAGAUGCUAAGAUUGUUACCAUCAGUACAAUUAAUGGUGGACAUGUAGAGAUCAAUGGUCAGGUUAACUCUCUGAGUACAGUAGUGGAUAUUGGCAAUGGUUUUCAAAUUGGACCAUUAGAUAAUCAUGUUUAUAAAAUUUACAAAUCAGGAUUUGAAUUAGUUAUAUAUGUGCAAGAAGACUAUUUAAAUGUACAAUUGUCAGUUUCACAUACCUAUUGCUCCUCAUCAGAGGGUCUUGUAGGUCCUUGUAGUAUCAGAUCCCACAGCUGCACUCCAGGGAACUAUGCUUGCCUUAUUCAGUAUGAAGGCUUAGCCAAGGUUUGUACAGAUCAUGUCAUUCCAAGUGCCUCGAUCACAGACUUCAUUGGUGUAUGGCAUAAAACAUACAGCAAUAGUAUAUUUAGAGAAGCGAAAUCAACAUACACACCAUCUAUAGGUCUAGACAUCACUAAAGGAUGGAUACAAACGGUACCUUUCCCAGAAAGUUUUAUAGGAGAAUCGACCACUAUUGAAACAAGAUUAAAAAUAACUAGCCUGGAUGUAAAUGGUGAUGGAGGCACAGUACUUUCCUACAGUUGGAGAAGAACGUUUGCUGUCUGUAUUGUAAAUGGAAGAUUUUUGGUUUCUUUAGGGUCCUAUGUAGUACCAACAGGAAUAUCUGUGCAGCUAGGUCAGUGGUCACAAAUCUCAUUGGUAUACAACAGUUUAACAGGAUGGAUCACAUUCCAUUAUACCUAUGAUGUAGAGGUCAGUGUGUUCACUUCAGUCUUUAUUGGAUUAGAAGCAUUGUCAAAAAGAGGUACAUUAGUCAUUGGUGACUGGCAGCCUCCUAUCGAGGGAGGAGGAUCAAUACCACCAGGAACAUUCGUUGGUACACUGGACAGAGUAUUAGUAUGGAACAGACCAUGCAUUCAGACACAGAUCUUUAUACACUGGAAGACCAGUAUAACCCAUGUUACAACAGGUCUUGUUGCUGGAUGGAACUUUGAAACUGGAUAUGGCAAGACAACUUUGGAUAUUGUAAAUAACUACCCUGUGAUCAUAUCAGAUACUGGUGUAGCAUGGGUGUCCAUACCUGACCUACCAGAUACCAGAACAAUAAAACCAACAAUAGAAAUCAACAUUGGGAUACCAGAAACUACUUAUACUGAAAAAUGUAAAGGACUCAUUCAGAGCAAUGCAUUUACAAGCCAAUGUGGUUCAUUCUCGGUGAGUUCAUCAUUUUACAUGAUGGCUUGUAUAGAAGAUGUAUCACUCACAGGUAACUUGGACUUCAGUAUGGACAGCACAAUAGCAUUUAGCUCUAUAUGUGAAGUAGAAUCGGGACUUGUAUCGUCACCUUACCAAAAUUUAUGUAAUGACUUCUCUUCAAGACAAUUCCCUAUCUGGAAGGGUUUAGAAUGUACGGCAAAAUGUAUAUUUGGAAAGUUCAAUCUGGAGACAUCUUUCUGUGAAUGUAAUAAUGGUUACUGGGGAACAAACUGUGACAAGGAAUGUCCUGGAGGUGCCACAAACCCAUGUAACGGACAUGGAACAUGCCAGAUAGGUACAGGAGAGUGUGCUUGUCAAGUUAACUGGCAAGGAGAUUCCAACUGUGGAUUAUGUACUUCCGGGUUUACUGGAACCAACUGUGAUAUCCAGGAACCAGAGCUACCACCAAAUGCACCAAUGGGAUGUCUUGCACGUAAACAUGGAGCAUACUUAAAUUUUACAGGACAUGGAAUGACUUAUGCAGAACCUGGAAAUUACAGAAUGUUAGAGAUGAAUAAUCUGAGAGUAGAGGUCCGUCAAGUAUCAUGUCAGUGGAGAAAGAGGCAGUCAGUUUGCAUGGAUUCAGUGUCAGUUAAAGUUCAUCAAACUACAGUUGUCUAUAUGUCCAAUAAUGAUUCUGUCUGGGUAGAUGGUGAAGAAGUCAAUGUAACUGUGGAACAUAGAAAACGUAUUAGUAUUGAAGGUGGAUGUAAGUUUGUGAUCCACAGACCAGAAGAAUUUGUCAUUCGACUUGUUGUCAACCCAUUAGGCUUUGUUGUUCGUAUCAGACGCCAUAGUUUCUACACAAAAUAUAUUGCUGUUGCAAGAAUUAAACUUGGAACAGAUUACUGUUGCAGCUCACCACCAAUUGGUGGAAUUUGUGGAGGUUGUAUGGACUGUUCUUCAUUUAGUCACAACCUUCCAUGUUCCAUGGAUCUUACAACAACAACUCAAACAACACCAUUGGCAACCACAACAACUGGCACAACACAGACAACACUAUCAACAACAACAACAAUGGAAACAACAACAAUGAAAGUUGCAGAAGUUGGUGUUAUAUUUGACCCUAAUAAAAUAAUACCAGGAGGCUCUAUAGUAGAAAGUGAGGGUAUUGAUGAAACAUUGGUGGCAGGUAUCGGACCAGGUAAUACUGUCUGUAAUAAUGAUGCUUCUAUGAUCACUGAAAAUGUGCAGAUUUUCAACAGCCAGUAUGUCUCCAUUGAAUUCUUUGUCAAGACUUGUCAUGAUGCAAAAUGCUAUGGAACAAUCCUAUCUUAUACAAGUGAAAAAACAUUUGCUAUCAAAAACUAUUAUGGAAAAGUUGUGAUUACAUAUGGGGAUAUGAAAUAUGAACCUGAUCUUAGUCUGGAGGAUAACAAAUGGAGCCAGAUUGCUUUAGUUUAUGAUGGAAAUAAUUAUCUUGAUGUAUAUGUAUUUGAUAGCAAUGGAGCCUAUACAAGAGAUCUGAUUGAACUUGAUGGUACAAAUCCUUUCAGUGGAAAAGGAAGACUUGCCCUUGGAAAAUGGCAACCGCCACCAGAUGGCUCUGAAGACCAACCAAUCAGUGAAGGAUUUGAAGGAUGUAUUGAUGAACUAAGGAUAUGGGAAAGGUAUUUAGGUUUGAUGGAGAUAAAGUCCCACUGGAGCAGAACCUACAGUGUUGAUGAUCAGGGUCUAGCUUCAUUGUGGACAUUCAACGAAGAGCAAGAUGGUACAUGGACUGCUGAAAAAAGUGGAAUUGUAUUGAGAAAUCCAGUAACCCCUUUCAGUGGUGGUGUUGAGAGUUUAUCAGAUGCACCCAUACCCUAUGUGUCUGCACCUGUAUCCAUCUCUAUCCCACCCUUUCUGUCUGCUUUUGGAAAGAGAAGAAAACGUUCAACCGAUGACAUACAUAUAUAUUAUCCUCAAGAUCUGUGUGAAGAUAUUUUCACUACAAGUAGUUUUGCAAGCACUUGUAUGGCUGCUGGCAGUGGAUUGAAUUAUGCAUACAAAACAGAAUGUGUGCAAGCACAGAAUAAUGGAGAAAUUGCAGAUGCAGUCCUUGAAUAUGCAGAUUAUUGUCAGUUUAGUUUAAAUAUGGACAUUUGGCCAGUAUCAACACUUUGUACUGACAUGGCUAAUAACCCUGCUUUUAACAUUCUUUUGGGUGAUUACUGUGACCCACAGUGCUACUUUGGCACCAAAAAUGGAGGUACAACAUGUAUUUGUAAUAAUGGGUACUGGAACACAACAUGUGACACUGAAUGUCCGGGAGGAGCAAACAAUCCAUGCUCAGGAUAUGGAUCAUGUGAUGAUCAGACAGGAGAAUGUGACUGUCCUCUCAACAAGCAAGGAGCAGAUGACUGUUCUUUAUGUUCUGAUGGAUGGAUUGGACUAGAUUGUCAAAUUGCAGAAAACAAACUUAAUGGUAAUAAAUCAGUUGCCUUGGCAUCCCAGCUAGGUCAUAUGACAAACUUAGAUGGUUUGAGUUUUAUAGUCAGGGAACCAUCAGUGUACACACUGCUGACAGUAAGUGAUGUGCUAGUCAUACAAGGAAAGUACAUCAUAUGCCAUCAGAACUACACCUGUAUAACAUUUGUAUCUGUUCGUCUGGGAGAUUCCACACAAGGAUAUUCCACAAUCACAAUCAAAGCUCCAAAACUGGACACUAACAAACCAAUUGUUUACCUUGAGAACCAGGAAACAGCAGUUGACAAUACCUUGUACUUUCAUGGAUUUUACUUGGAGAGAUUAGAUAUAGAUGAAUUAAAGAUUACUAUUGCUGACAAUGCAGAGAUUUUAAUUAGAUUACAAGGUCAAUAUCUUACCAUGGAGUUUUUGAUGAAUUUCAAGUACCUGGAAUUGACAAGUGGAUUGUUAAGUGGAUCAGGAGAAGAAAAUUCAACACUCAAACUUGAACAGUUAUUGUAUAGGGAAAUAUAUUCACCAGAUGUCUGUACAUACUCAGGAAAUAUUCAAGUAUCUUCACCUUCGCCAAUUGUAUACCCUUUGGAUUUUAACAAUGUAAUAUUGGCUAAGAAUACAUCAUUAUCUAGUUCACUUGACUUUACCAGAUUUGCAGUAACAUCCUGUAAUGAGUUUGUACAUUAUCCAUCUACAUAUGACAAAAACCAAAAUGUUGGUGGAUACAGUUUAAAUUUUGCCUCAUCUAUAAUAUAUGGUGAUGUAGACUUGUACACAAGCAUUGGGUCCAACAUUACGUUUGAAUUCCUUACCAAGUUAAACAAUGAAACAGACAAAGGAGGUGUGUUGUUCUCAUUUAGUAACAGCAAAUUAUUCAUUGUUCAAGUAUCUUCUGAUUCAGUUCAGAUUAUUUAUGAAAAUCAAACAUAUACAACAAAUCUAACAUUACAAUACAAUGAGUGGAACAAAGUAGUGGUUAUGUACUAUGGAGAAUUGGGAGACUUUGAUAUAUACGUUUUCAACAGUGAAGGGAACAUCAAGAGAAGAAGCUAUGUUUUGCCAUUAAACAUAUUCAGUGAUCCAGGAACUUUAUCCAUAGGUCAUUGGCAGCCCCCAUUUAAUGGUAAAGUACUCACAGCACCAGAGGCAUUCAGUGGACUAAUAGACAAUUUCUUGGUUUGGAAGAUAUCGCUAGAACCAAACAUUGUGACUGACAUUUUUCAAAAAGAUCCGUUAGAUAUACAACAUUUGCUAAGUUCUCUAUGGCAAUUUGAUGAGGGCCAAGGAUCAGUCACAUCUGACUAUCUCCAAGGAACUGUUAUUAAUUUACCCAUGUCACCAUGGGUACCACCUGAGUGGAUACCAUCCGAUGUGUACUAUGUAAAGAACACCUACCCAGAGGUCACUUAUGUGUACUAUGAAAGUUUAGCCAUUCAAACACAGGCAGAAAGUAUAUGUCACCAAAUUAUAAAUAAUACAUACACGUCAUGUAGAAAUGUAUCUUCAGCAACGAAAAACAUAUUCUACACAGAUUGCCUUCAGAUAUACAGUGCCACACAAAAUUUGCCAUCUGCAUACAAUGUGAUAUUGAGUUUUGGGAAAAUAUGCCAGACAUCUCAAGAUCUUCUUGCAUCUCCAACAACUAUAUUGUGCAAUAGUCUAAAUACAUUUGACAAAGAGAACAGUGGGUGUUCUAAGACCUGUGUUUAUGGAGAAAUAAUAGCAGAUGGCUCUUGUUCUUGUGCCCAUGGCUUUUAUGGAUCAUCGUGUACUGAAAUAUGCCCUGGUGGAUCCGAUUCGCCGUGCAACAACCAUGGAAAAUGUAGCACAGCAGGACUUUGUGAAUGUGACUGGAACUGGGAUGGAUCAGCUGAUUGUGGCACAUGUACUUCGGGAAUGAAUGGACCAGACUGCAGAGUCUUGUACCAGGGUUCCUCUCUUGGCACAAAAUCAUAUAUCACAGGCAAGGCCGACUUCAUGGGAUUUAAUGGUUAUCAGAUAUCAUUAGAUACAAUAUCUGGAGUAUAUACAGUGUUUGACUCUCCUACGAACUUUGCUGUGGAAGUCUAUCAAGUGAACUGUAUGUUUGGCUCUUGUAUUAUUGGAGUUUCAAUCAAGACAUCAUCAACUCAGAUUGUUAUUAUGCCAUCAGGACAAGAUGAUAUGCCUCCAAUCGUUUAUCAGGAUACAGUUAAAUUAGAUUAUGGAGUGACUACUGUUAUGUCAGACAUGACCAUGGAACUGAAAUCAUAUACUGAUCUCGAAAUAACUGUUGGAACAAGUACUAUCAAAAUAACUGUACAGAACCAAGGAAUAGAUAUAGCAAUGAAUGUACAAUCAUCAGUCUGUUCAAUAGCAACUGGAAUCAUUGGAAAUUGUGCUGGGACAAGUUAUACCUAUGAAACUUACAGUCAGAAUGACCUUAUGCAUUAUAUAGAGACUACAUACGUUUCUGUGGAUGGACCAAUCGUUCAAACGUUGUUAACUGUAUUUGGUCAGAAUGUGACUAUGAACUCUGGAUUUGCUUUGGCAUUUAACGAAACUUCAUCUGUAUCAGAGACAUUAAAAUACAGAGACAAUGACACAGUGAACAGUCAAGCAUUCAGUCUAAGUAUGUACUUCAAACCUACUGCAGAAGGAGGUGUCUUGUUGGCCUACAGUAAAAAUACAACAUUCUCGAUACUUAAUAGUAAUCCUGUUACAAUGGAAUGUGGAACAAAAUCAAUCUCAACAACUAUCAGUCCACACAUUGGUGAAUGGAAUCAGAUAAUCAUAACAUUUGAUGGAACCAACAACCAGAUAUACUUCUAUCAUUACGGUCCUAAUAUAACUAUCAGUUAUGAGGUCAUUAGUGAUUUCUGUCCAAACUUAUUUUUGGAAGGUGGGAAGAUUGCUCUAGGAGAAUGGAUUCCAUCUUUUGAAUCUGACAAGUAUACUUACACUGGGUCGUUUGUUGGAGAAAUAGAAGAAGCAUCCAUCUGGAAAGACCCACUGCUACCUUCACUUAUCUUCCAGGCAGAGAGUCUGAAUGUAAAAUUAUCAGGAUUUCUAAACAAUGUUUCAUCGUUAUGGUCAUUUUCUGAAGGCGUUGGAUAUACUGCAUUUGAUAGUGUUUUAGGAAAUGACAUGAGUCUUCCAAGUUUCCCAUGGCAGUCACCUGUAUGGGUAGUAUCUGACAAAACAUUGAAAGUUAUAAAUGAUGAAGUUGCCAUUAAUAUAAAUAAUCAAAAAGAAGCUGUUAGUCUUUGUACAGAUUUCUUUACUGCUGUUUCAAGUUCCUGUGGCAGUGUUUCAGCAAAUACUACAUUCUGGUUUAAAAAUCAAUGCAUCUUACUUGGAAGUUCUACUUCAAAUGUUAGUGACAGUGUUACCGUUAUGAUAAGCUUUGCCACCGUGUGUGGUAUAACUGGAGGCAGUGCAAGUACAUUAUUCAAUAGCAUGUGUAGCUUGAAUACAUCUGUACCAUUUUGGGUUUCACAAGUUUGUAACAACUGCGGAUUUGGCUAUUUAGGUUCAGAUGGAUCUUGUAUUUGUUACUAUGGUUUCCAUGGAGCCCACUGCGAUCAAUUCUGUCCGAAUGGAAUUACUUUACCCUGUAACGAUAAAGGAGUAUGCGAUACAAGUGGUCUGUGUCAAUGUGAAGGUCACUGGUCUGGAUCAGCAUGUAGUAGUUGUGCAAUAGGAUGGGAAGGAAACGAAUGUGUUGUCAUGGCAACGGGACAACCUGCUAAUCAGUCCGUGUUAGUAGCACAAAUAAGUACAAACGGUCAGAUGAUCUCUUUUGACGGAUAUUUAGUUGAUUUGACUGCCAAGAGCGUAUAUUUAUUAUUUGGACAUUCAGAUGAAUUAGUUAAUGUUUACGGACACAUGUCAACAUGCUAUGAUACCCUCAGGCCACAUCUUUGCUUAAGAGAUAUUGUAAUCAAUGUUGAUGGUAUUUUCUAUUAUAUCCGAUCAAAGAACAGCUUCCAGGAGUCUACAGUUGUGAUAUACACAAAUUCGGCUGAAAUAAACGUUUACGACAAGUAUACCACCAGUAAAUUUGAAAUUUCAAUCUCCCAAACUAAUAUUUUAUCUGUGACCUUCAUUAACAUGGAACUAUCAGUCAAGAUAAUAUACGUAGACAAUGGACUUAUCAUGACAAUGUCAUACCCAAAUAACAAGUGGAUUUCUGAAGCAGCCCUCAUAGAUGGCAUACUUACAUCAUGCGAAACAAAGUCUGCUAUUCAACUGGCUGCUUGUAACUCUACAAGAACAAGUAUCUGUAGCAAUUCUGUCAAUACCACAUCUGAAGGUUCCUGUGUCGGUCAGUUGAACUUCCUUACAGUUGAGCUCUUCACGAACAGCUAUGUAUUUACUGACAUUUUCGUUGAUGAAAAGCUAGAACGACAGUACAUUAUUACAGGUCCAGCUUGUCUCCUGUUUAGUGGAUCAGGGAUAUACGUUAGCGAAGUUGAAAUGCCGACAACAGUCUUUACAGUCGAAUUCCAUGUCAAACCAACAGCCGUCAACGGACCGAUGUUAACCUAUCAUACAAACAGUCAUCAAACUAUUGUCGUGAAUUACAAGACUGGUAUUGUCAUUAUUGCUGAUGAGUAUGUGUAUCAAACAAAUAUUUUACUUGAGCUUAAUGUAUGGAACCAAAUUAAUCUUGUUUGGAAACAGAGUGGUUAUCAACUGGAAAUUUACCUUAUAUCUGGUUCAGGUACCACCACUGUGAAGGAAAUAUCAUGUCCUUUAAAUAUUUUUGAAACAGGAGGAACUCUUACAGUGGGACAAAUAGGUGAUGGCGUUACUUCAUUGUUUCCAAUCGGCACAUUCAAUGGAUAUAUUGAUGAACUGAGGAUCUGGACACGUCCACAUAGUCCAUCCAUUGUCAGGAACAAUUGGAGAAUUUCUGUAUCAGAUAAGACACCAGAUCUUCAUGCAGUAUGGUCAUUAAAUGAAGGAACUGGUUAUAUAGCAUCAGAUCUGAAAAAUUCACAACACAUGUAUAUGGUAUAUUAUGACAAUACACCGACUUGGGCAGCAUCAGACCUAGACCUGAGCCCAGGUGUAGAUUUAAAACUUCCCGAAUUGACAACAUUGACACCACUAAAUACAGCUAUAGAUACAACACGAUGCGAUGACCUGCUGAAAUCUUCAGAAUUAACGACUAACUGUGCUGGUCUUGAAAACAUUUUAUCAUCUUUAUAUGACCAGUGUGUGAUCUUAGUGCAAACAACAGGAAAUCCCGAUCUUGCAGAAGUUAUACUCUUAAGCUUUUCUGAUUACUGUGAGGAAGCUAAAAAUUUAACAGAUUCGCCAAUUAAAAGUAUGUGCAACCUAGUAGAUGUAUAUGAAGAAUAUGUAACAUGGUAUGGAGGAUCUUGUAGUAAUGAAUGCAUUUUUGGAUUUGCAAACAAUAGCAUAUGUUCAUGUGAUUCAUCACAUUAUGGAUCAUCUUGUUCUGGGGUGUGUGGACUAGGACCAAUGGGAGCUUGUAAUUCACAUGGAACAUGUGAUUCGUCAUCUGGACAAUGUGCUUGUCAUGCUCAUUGGUACGGACAAAGUGUUUCAGUCUCUGAAUACUGGAGAUCAUUCUCAACAUUAUUUACUGUUACAAUUUCAGUUUCUUCUUAUUCUUGCAUAGAAUGUUCACUUGGGUGGUAUGGAACAGACUGUAAUUUUGUGGUACAGAAUAUUGAGGGCCGUCAGUCAUACGCGGCUGGUUUAAUAUUUGCGUCAUACAUUACAACUUUAGGAGGUGCAUCAUAUAGACUAAUAUUACCAGGAAUCUACAAUGUGUACAGUGUUUCAGGACUAUCAGUUCAAGCCGUUUUCUGGCCUUGUAAUGGUGACAUCUAUUGCCGACAAAUUAAAGAAAUUUCUAUUAAUAGUGGUGGACAAACUGUUAGUGUAAUGAGAUACAAUGAUACAUUACAACCAAUGCAUGUUGGAGGCUCAACAACCUUUGAGUUUCCAACAACAACAGCUGUAGCGGGCAUAAGUAUAAAAUGGAUUGUCAGAGAGUACAUCCGUAUAACAGUUGGGUCGUUUACCGUAUUGGUAGCAGAUAGUAACAUCGGACUUAUCUGUCGGUUUAAAGUAGGCAUAGGUAGUGGACAGACAGCCACGGGAUUACUUGGUAAUGCAGACAAUACAUGGUGGAUGGACAUUGUAUCGCCCUCUGAUCAGUCACGUGGUGUAAAUUCCACAUUCAUUGAUCAUGGUUUAUCGGCUACAUAUACUGGUUCAUGGACAAAGAAAGAGUUUGGUUCAUCGUUAACAUCAGUUCACACUUGGCACACUGACCGACAACAGAAUUUAUCAACAUCAGGGUACCUGCUUCAUUUAACAUUACAAACUGCUACCUAUACUAACAUACAUAUGACUAAGGAUAUAACUGCGUUUACAAUAUCUUUCUGGAUUCGAAUACAGGUACAUCUAAGUAAUCAAGUUCUAAUUGUUUAUCAGAUGGAUGGACAAAAUCUAACUUUAUCGGCAGAAAAUGGCUAUCUAGGAAUACAGUGGGGAAAUACACGGAUAUCUGCAUUAGAAAUGAAAGUUAGUUCAUGGAUAUAUACAGCUAUAACAUGGGAGUCUGUCGAUGGAGAGUUCCUCAUCUAUAUGAUGACCGAUGGAGGAUUACAGUACAAAGCGAUAAGGAAUGUUCAUGUAUCAUCUGCAUUGAAUGUUGAAGGAAUGUUCCUGUUCGGAAACUACGAUAGCCCAUUGGAAAUCGAUCAUGCUAGAAUUUGGAAAGUGUCAAAAUCUCUUGACACAAUUCUGUCUGGAAUGUCCGUUUAUGUUGAUGACAUAACUUCAGAUAACGAAUUACUGUCAGUAAUUGGAUUCGAUGAAGGCACUGGACUUAUCUCAAAUAUGGCAACACCUAUGUCCUCUAGCACAACAAAACUGCACGGGACAAUUACCGAACCAGAAAGCGAUGAUUUGUGGCUUCCAUCUGACAUACCAACUGAAAAAUCAUACUUGCCGAAAGAUGUUACUCCAUCAAAUGUGAAUGAUUCUGUUUUGAACGAUUGUAUUGCAGCCUUAAAUAAUUCUGAUGUACAGCAAUAUUGCAAUGAUGUAAGUAACAUAACAGAAUUCUUUUUAGAAUCGUGCCUGAUGGACUAUGGAAAUGUUGGUGAAAACGCUACGUAUAUACUGCUUGUACAUAACCUAAUAUUCUACUGUCAAUCAACAUUUAAUGUCGAUGAAUGCAAACUGAAAGACUAUUUUGAUUACUGUACAGACACCGAGACAGAAUCAAAAGACGACAUGAUGCUGAUGAUUAUAAUUGCUGUCUGCUGUAUAAUACCCAUUAUCAUAGUAUUGUUCUGUUGUUGUUGUUGGUGGCAAGGACUUCUUUGUUUCAAAAAGAAAAAAAAUAUAACAGACAGUCAUAAGGAGAAAAUCGUUAAAGAAGAUAAUGAGGAGGAUAUUGAUGAAGAUAUGGCUUACUCAAGAAGUAGGAUAACUUCACGUACCGGAAACUUCUUAUUUGAGGACAACGAAGGAUUUGGCCGACUCGAUUCCCGUGCUGGUUCUGCAUUAUCGGCAUCCGAUUUCCCUAUUCUCUUUGAAGCAAUAGAAGAUGAAAGCAUGGUUUCACCAGCUCCACCCCGUGGUACACUCUUCAACCAAGCUGCUGCUCUGCCACCAACAUCUCAUUCGGGUGGUCCAAGGAGUAAAUCAUCAUUAUUAGCUACCCUAAGUAGUAUUAUUCCACAAGUGAGGUCUAGACCAAAAGGAGAUCAUCCAAGUCCUGCCGAUAUACAAAUUCAGGAUACUAAUAUGGAUGACGAAAGAAACCAGAAUGUUUCACUACCACAACCCAUGACAUUUAGUAGACAAUCAAACGCAACACCAGUGUUUAGCAAAAAAGCUCCGUCAGUUUUCACAAAACAGUCAUCAGCUACUCCUGUAUUUGGUAAACCUCAAUCGAAAGGACAGUCGAAACAAGAACUUGAUGAUAACGGCAGACCAGUUUCCGCAUCAUCUGUUGGAUCAAGAGCCAAAUCUCACUCUCCGUUCGUUAUACCUGGUAAUAAUGACAAUGAAAGGAAAGAGGAAACAGCCAGUCCAUUCCAACCUGAAAACGCCCAUUCAUAUUCUGUCAUCAACAGAGGUUAUUCGCCGGAAGUCGGAGAGAUGGAGCCUGUUUUCUCCAAAUAUCACAAAGAUCCGUUACCAGUUCUGACAGAGGUCCCACCAAUGGAAACAUUUAGACCUGAAAACAUUGGAAAGAAACAAAGUCAUCUUGUAAGUAAGGGCAGAAAAUCUAAAGCUGCUGAUGCAAUACAUGCAACAGUACCUGCAAUGGAAACAUUCAAACCAAACGCUGCUGGCAAGAAAGUAACUAGAACGCAAGGGAGGACUUCAAGUGCAUCCGAUGCUCUGCACGCACCAGAUGGCUCUCUUUUCAAAAAGAUUGAGGAAGUGAUUAUCAGACCCCCAUCGUACAAGGCACCAUCAUCGCCUGGACUUUUGAUAGAUUUGGACGAUUCCUUUGAAUAAUGUUCUAUCAAAUAAAGAAUAAGAAACAUGGUCAUGAUUUUUAAAACCAAAAUGUGAUAUGAUUUGUGAUUUAUUUGUUUUUAUUUGUCCAUAUAAUAUCUAUAUUUUCAUAAUGAUUCGUCCUGAUUUUUACUAAAUUUUUAUUUUUAUUUUAUUGUAAAUUUUAUUUUUAUUAAUGCUAUUGUUUCUGGGAAAUGGAAAUUGUUCAUAGUUUUUUUAUGUAUCACAUUGUGUCCUCAAUAAUUAAUCCGUUGCCAUAUUAGCCAGACAUUUUGUUUCUUUUGAAAGAAAAGAUGAAAUUCAUAAAUUGUUAUACUCCAUAAAUUGAAUGUCAAUUAAAAAAAAAAAUUCUAAAAGAAUACAAAUUUAAAGGAUAGAAAUAUUCAAUACGUUGAAGGUUUUUAUAACAAGCAAAAUCAUGCUUUGAUAAAGAAAAAUACAUACAUCCUUUCAAGAAAAAUAAAAUAGAAUAUAUUGAUUAAACUUGAAAAUUACUCUUAAUAAUUGGAAGGAAAUCUAUUCACAAAUUACAUUAAGAUUUUUGAAAUAGUUUUCAAAUUAAUUUUUAGAAGUUGAAAAUAUAAAGGACUGUUUAUUAAAAAAAUUUGAACAAUGUAUAUGCACGUAUCUUUUUAAAACCACAGACUUGUCGUUUCAUAACAUUUAAUAGAUGAAAAAGUACUAUGAAUAUUCAACAUAUUGAUUUAUUUUAAUCAUUUCUACUAAUGUUCUUACACGAAUCAGUGCAAUCAUGUUUUCUAUCUUUUUUUACUUUAUAUAAUAAAAUAAAUUAUAUGUUU